AGAUAUAAAAAUGGAGGACUCCUUUCGUUGCUGAAGACUGCCAUCGCUAGUACUUAAAAACAUUUCUGUCGCCAAACCUGGAGCGACUCUUUGUUUUAUUUGGAUUAAUAAUUUUAUUUGAAGUAUAUUGUUUUCUUUUGAUGUAUUAUUAGGUGGAUAUGUUAAUGUAAAGUAAGACGAAAUCAUAAUUGUAUUGUAGGCUUACAUUCUUCGGAAACUAGUACUGAGUAAAGUUCAGUAGGCCUAGCCUAGAGAAUUAGUUAGCCUAGUUUCAAGAAAAUAAAUAUGCCUUUUUAGAAGAGUGCUGUGGUGGUUAUUUACUGUGGAUUAAUUACACACAUAUUUUAACAGUAAAAACCUACAUCGAUGUUGGUGUUUGUGGACGAGUCAAUAUGGUCAACUUUAACUUUAGGAUAGUGGUGAAUAAUAAUUGUGUUUGAUUUUGUAGGUAGUGUAAAAGUAAAAGUGCUUUUUCCUAUAAUUUGGUUUCUUUUGUGCCUUGUUUAUCAAUAAAGUUGACAUUUGGAUUAGCAGCAUCAGCACCAUGACUACUCUCACGGAUUGUACUAUUGGGAGUACGACAACUGACAACAACAACAUCAAACCUUUGUCCGAAAUUACGGGCACAGGGAUUCAAUCUCCAACGAGCCCUAAAGGGCCCAUCCAAACGGGCCCCAAACACAAACUCAUCACAGAAGCGGAUGUUCAAGUAUGUCGGCUCAAUCACACAAGGACCAUAGUCAGUAAAAUAAUGAACUCUCGAUAUCUAAGGCGAUGGGAAAGUCAUAGAAUUGUUUUGGAUGAUAACGAAAUGCGGUCUACCACAGUAAGUUUUUUAAAUCUCCAUUUCUGAAAGCUAAAGUUCAUUAAUGAAAUGAUUUCAUUAAUGAACUUUAGUAGCUUUAACUUUUUAGUAAUGUUAGGCUCUUAUGUUAGCCUAUAUUCAUAUAUAAUUAUAUUUAUAUGAUAUAUGGUUGUUUGUAUAAUGGGGUGGGGCUCAGGUACAAAAAUCAAUACUAAUACUCUAGUCCUAGUCUAACAAGUUCAUGGCUGUUGAGUAAAGACUAUAGAAAAAUGAAGUAUAGAAUUUUACUCUUAAUGGGCUACUAUUUUUUUGUUUUGCUUUAGACUAUUUAGAUUUAAAUGCUUGUUAUUUUGUCAGCAAAUAGCAGUCAGCUGGUGAGUGGUGUAGUCUGAUGUGUGCAACACUCAACUGUCAACAGGGAAUGGUCUUAACUGUCUUAAUUAUAGCCUAGUCGAAAUGGAUUGAAUUAUUACUAAGUCUAGGUCUAUUAUAUGCCAUGGCCAUAGGCCUAUAUGAACAGAAUAUGAUAUAUUAUAGAUUGUCAUUAGUAUUUAAUAAGUUUAUAAAAUAUUUAUAUUAGCUCACUACAAAGCCAUUAUUCCUAAUGAAUGACGUUAAUGUUUAAUUUAAAAUAUCUACACUCUAAAUUUAUAAUUGAUUAUGAACCACAGACUAUUUCAGUAUUGUAAACUUAAAUAGCUAAAUGAAACUAAUUGCAUAUUUUGAAUGAAGUUGUUAAAUAUUGUCUUGCCCAAGCCCAAGUAUUUUACAUAAUUUAUUUACUGUUCCCACUUUGAGGCAGGGUUUAAUUCAGCCAGUUAGUAGGAGUUCCCAAAAUUUGUUUCUGAAGCUGUCUUGUUGGCUUGUUUUUAUCGUUGUUUUUUUAUCUCUUUUUUUCUUCUUCUCAAAAGACAUGUUUAGAAUGUCAGUUUAAUAUGGCAAACUAGUUGUUCAAUCUUUUGAAAGACACCACUGACCACUGUAGUUAGACUAUUCUAAAUUUAAUUACUAAGUCUAUUACCUUAGAACAGUGAUCGGCAAACUCAUUAGUCAAAAGAGCCAAAAAUCAGCAGCAGGGCAAUUAAACAAUCUUUGAGAGCCAAAUUUCUUUUCAAGAACCUGUCAUGAACCAUGUUUUUUUUUUUUGGAGUCAAAACCCAUUUGUGGCCACUGACUGAGCCGCACUCAGGUCCUUAAAGCACCACAUUUUGCAGACCACUGACUUAGAAUGUCAGAAAUUCCCUUAAAGAUAUAUAAAUUAAAAUGUGUUCAAAAUAUCAAAACUGAUUUCUUCUAAUAUUAAAGAAUAGUCUAGCUACAGUGGUCAGUGUUGUCUUCCAAAAAAUUGAACAACUACUUUGCCAUAUUAUAUGAUAUUGAAAUUCAUUCUAACUCUGUCUUUUGAGAAGAAAGUGAGUUAAUAAAACCCUGUCAGUUAAUAACAAUAAUUUAGACAUAAGGGCUGUGAUAAUAAGAAUAUUAAAAUGUACUUCUUAAUUGAUUCAAAUCGUUUAAGUUUGGUAAAUAAAUGCAAAAGUAAAUAACUUCUUAGAGGUAAUUAUGAUUGUCACAUUUAAUUUUCUUAAUUGCUCACAUAAGAAAUAAAAUGUAUGCAGAAUAUCCGAGUGUAUCUAAAAUAACUGUUAUGCAUAUUGUUUCUAGAUUGUAACCAUGCAAUACAAAAUGUAUUUUUAUUAACAGAAGGAAAUUUAAUAUCAAAGAUAGUGUUUAUGAUAACAUCGUUCUUUUUAUAAAAACUUAAAUAACUAGCUUCAUCUUGUUUUAUUCUUCUGCUCCAAGGCAUUGCAAAACAUAACUAUUUUCAUAAACACGCUUCAUUAAGUUAUUGUUGUAUGCUUAACUUGAGUGUUGGAGAAAGGACAUGAAUAUAACAUAUUAUUGGCCAUUUAAUAAUGUUUUAUGCAGUCUUUAUGGAAUUAUAUGGUCUUGGUUUUAUUUUGUGUGGGGUUUGUGAAUCUAUUUGAGGAGGCCAUCUCUUUGUGCUGAUUAGUUUAAAUAAAUGUCUUUUGGUUCAUGCAAUGGACAGGAGCAGUAAUCAUUGUCAAUGUACUUGCAGUUCUUUAAAAGGAAAAAAUAUUGCUCAGCCAUAAAAUGGUUACAUUUAAUGUGUGGGUGAUUUUCAAUUCAUAUAGUGGCAUUUUAGCUCUAGAUGUCAGUAUGCCACUUAGAGCAUUCCUUGACAGUUAAGAUAACACAUUUUCUGUGACAAGAUGCCCCUUUUAUAAAGUUAUCCCAAUCUCAACAUCUUUAAAAAAAAAAAAAAAAAAAAAAAAAAAAAUAAAAAAAUAAAAAUAAAAAAAAAAAAAAAAAAAAAAAAAUUGAAAAAAACAAAAAAGCCUUAAAAAUUUAUUAAAGGAUUCCCUCUAUUUUUGUGACUUUGUAUGAGGGUUGUGGAAUAAUUAGAUUUUUUUUAUUCUACCAUUAAAAAAAAAAAAAAAAAAAAAAAAAAAUUGCAACAAUCGAAACAGCCUUACAAAUUUAUUUAAGGCUUCGCUCUAUUUCUGUGACUUUGUAUGAGGGCUGUGGAAUAAUUAGAUUUGUUGUAGUCUACCAUUAAAAAAUAAAAGAGCCGUUCGUUCGGGGUUUGAGGAAACAUGAGGUGUCAAAAAUUAUGUAAAGUGUGGAAGGCCUGAUGUCCAUUGUUGGAUUUGUGCAGUGACGGUAGUCAAACAAAGUUUAGAUAGUCCAACUUAUACAUUCCGUGAGCCAUAUAAAACACGUCUCAUAUUGGAAGUCAGUGAUAAUACGAUAUAUACCCGUGUAUCCGUAUAGGUCACACUACUGGAUGAGUUGCACCCUUAAUUUGGGGGUGUUCAAUUGGGCAUUUGAGUUGGCCCGCAGAUAGGUCACAUCCUUAGUUUGAGGAGUAACUUGGCUCUUUUUAAAUAUUAAGUCUGUUAUAUGAACUGUGCUUUUGUUUCGUGAGUUUAGUUCAAAAGCUUCGGGUGGCUAAUUGGCCCACUUUUCGUCAACCUAUCGAGCUGAAACUUGGCACAUAGACUCGAUGACAACACAUUCUACCAAAUUGUCAGCCCCACCUAUGCCUCCUAAAAUCAGUUCCUCCUGUUUUUCAAUGGAAGAUUAAGGAAACAUGAUAAAACUGAUAGCUGGUGGGUCAUUAGAAUAUUAUAUAUAGUUCAGGGCGUGAAAAAAAAUUGGGGUUGUUAGUCUUUUGGGGGAGGAGGGAGGGCACUAAAUUGGGAUUCUUAUUAAGUGCGUUACUUUUAUGUAUGUCUUGUCAAAUGUUCAGCCCCACUCCAAUUGCCAGAUAUCACAUUUAAAUUUUAUAAAGGAUUUUUACGAAAGACCUUGUUUUUAAAGAGGAGGGGGCGAGGGUUCUUACAGUACAGCCGGUACAUAUUUGUUUAAUAUUAACCGCUGUCUAGUAAAAUACAAAUGUUUUAAUAAGAACUUAAAAACGGAAGCAAUCAGUUAUUUGUUUAUUAAAGAAUAGGUAGUUAAUAAAACACAAUAAAUGAUUGUCCUGUGCUCGGGGGUAAGUAAGAGGAUACAAUCGCCGUUAAGCCACGCUCUCUGUCUCAGGGCGACCCAGACCGCCCCGGGCCCAUACUUCGGUGUACACGUCGAGGGAGAACGGGAAAGUUGUAAAUGGAAGUGGAUUCGCUUUGUCAAGGUCACUUUAUCAGAGGGGACGCGUCGCAGCCUUCCUAGAGACGUGUAUAUCCGUGACGCGCAUGAAUGGACCCGGGGGUAGGGAGGCGCGUGUGGGGGAGGGGGGGGACGUCUUGGAUGGGAUAAUGUUAGACUUCAAUAAUUAAAAUCUCAUGUAACGCCCGCUGGUAAGAGUUGUAAGACCUUUGAAUGACAUAUGGGUUACAUAUACUUAUACGGUGCACCUCAUAAACCCCACGUGAAAUCUGGAACCUUCGGUAAUCACCGACCUGCGUGUAACGUUUCCAUGCAUACUAUAUUGAUGAAACGAUACCAUGGACUGUACAUACAUUUAAUCAAACUAGUAUCAUUAUAUAAAAAGCUCAUUUUAAGAUACCAUGGACUGUGCAUACAUUUAUCAAACUAGUAUCAUUGUAUAAAAAGAUCAUUAAGAUACCAUGGACUGUGCAUACAUUUAUCAAACUAGUAUCAUUAUAUAAAAAGCUCAUUAAGAUACCAUGGACUGUGCAUACAUUUAUCAAACUAGUAUCAUUAUAUAAAAAGCUCAUUAAGAUACCAUGGACUGUACAUACAUUUAUCAAACUAGUAUCAUUAUAUAAAAAGCUCAUUUUAAGAUACCAUGGACUGUGCAUACAUUUAUCAAACUAGUAUCAUUGUAUAAAAAGAUCAUUAAGAUACCAUGGACUGUGCAUACAUUUAUCAAACUAGUAUCAUUAUAUAAAAAGCUCAUUAAGAUACCAUGGACUGUACAUACAUUUAAUCAAACUAGUAUCAUUAUAUAAAAAGCUCAUUAAGAUACCAUGGACUGUGCAUACAUUUAUCAAACUAGUAUCAUUAUAUAAAAAGCUCAUUAAGAUACCAUGGACUGUGCAUACAUUUAUCUAACUAGUAUCAUUAUAUAAAAAGCUCAUUAAGAUACCAUGGACUGUGCAUACAUUUAUCAAACUAGUAUCAUUAUAUAAAAAAGCUCAUUAAAAUACCAUGGACUGCACAUAUAUUUAUCAAACUAGUAUCAUUAUAUAAAAAGCUCAUUAAAAUACCAUGGACUGUGCCUACAUUUAUCAAACUAGUAUCAUUAUAUAAAAAAACUCAUUAAGAUACCAUGGGCUGUACAUACAGUUAUCAAACAAGUAUCGUUAAAUAACAAGCUCAUUAAGAUAACAUAGACUGUACAUAAAGUAUCAGACUAGUAUAGCUAUAUGAAAAGCUAAUCUUUUACGUUUUAUUGAAAGAAAAAAAAGAAGAAAAAAAAGAACUAGAGUUGUUUAAUUUGUGUUUUAUAUUGUGUUUCCUUUGGGCACACCAAAGCAAGGUUGGUGUCUGGAAAAUAGGGUUGAUAUUUAGAGAAGGAUCCCUUAAGCAUUAAGGAGCUCGUGACACUUUCCCAUUCUUUGGUAACAACAAAUGUUAAAUUUUACAGCCUGUCACGGAUUAGGGCUGUAAGUGAACAAAGAAAAGGAACAUUGUGUGUGGGUGUGGGGGGGGGGGGAGUUGAAAGUGGGUAACCUAUAGUUCAUUCUCAAACACGACACUAUUUGGACCAGCGUUGUCUGAAUCUCCUGAUCAUCUGAUAAUACGUAUGCUAGUAUCGGGUUAACGAUGUUUCGAGUUUAUUUAACGUUUGAACAGGUCACCGCGAUAGGUGAUUGACACCCCCCCCCCCAACCUAGAUAUCUCUCUUUAAGAUGUUCCUAAAGUGAGUUAUCGUGAGUACUCGCGAGUUUUUGCCCCUCUCCCUUCUUACAGUACAGCCGGUAAUUGAUGUUCUUUCUUGCUUUCUCUUUCUUCUGACGAAACUAACGAUUUGGCCCANCUUAAGCAAUAAGGAGCUCGUGACAAUUUCCCAUUCUUUGGUAACAACAAAUGGUAAAUUUUACAGCCUGUCACGGAUUAGGGCUGGAAGGGAACAAAGAAAAGGAACAUUGUGUGUGGGUGUGGGGGGGGGGGAGUUGAAAGUGGGUAACCUAUAGUUCAUUCUCAAACACGACACUAUUUGGACCAGCGUUGUCUGAAUCUCCUGAUCAUCUGAUAAUACGUAUGCUAGUAUCGGGUUAACGAUGUUUCGAGUUUAUUUAACGUUUGAACAGGUCACCGCGAUAGGUGAUUGACACCCCCCCCCCCAACCUAGAUAUCUCUCUUUAAGAUGUUCCUAAAGUGAGUUAUCGUGAGUACUCGCGAGUUUUUGCCCCUCUCCCUUCUUACAGUACAGCCGGUAAUUGAUGUUCUUUCUUGCUUUCUCUUUCUUCUGACGAAACUAACGAUUUGGCCCAUUCCUUUUUUUAUUCGGCUUAACUCGGUUUGAUUUUUAUUUUAUCUAUCAUAAGAAUUUUGAGGCAAAUUUUAAAAACGAAGAAAAAAAAAAUGAAAUGGUGGAGCGUCCAUUAAACAUGACAGUUGAUGAUGAGUCACGGAAAGUUAGUUGGUGCAAUUUGUUAAGAUUAUUUGGCUUCCUCACCCUAAGGAUAUCGUACGUGCUAACAAUGAAUUCACCAGUUGUAAUGCGAAAGAUGUUCAUAGUUACUCCUCCUCUCAUGUGCGGGAUGCAUGUGAUGUGUUGUUUGUCACAGGCGCACAGUUUUCUCGAGUUCUAAUUAAAAGUAAUAAUAAUAAAAAUAUUUUGUUAUAUUUUAUUUCAUUAUAAAAUGUACUUUAUUGCGCCAGUCUUUACGUUUAAAUAAAUAGUAUAUGUUUUUUUUUUUCGUUUUUAAAGAAAAGGAGUAGGAGGGAGCUCAGUGCUGAACUCGUUUAAGGGGCUUGGGUGAGUAUGAACGUUCCCGUUAACAGGGGCGCAAUACUUGCCCCGCCCCGGAAAUUGCAACCAGGGCAGUGCAAAAAAAAACCCCCCCCCCCCCUUUUUACCCCCAGCUUAAUCAUUAUUUAUAAUUUAUUUAAAAUUUAUAGGGCCCCGUUGGCAACCCACGUCAUCCGAUACCUUUGCUGAUAAAUGUGCAUUCAACACUAUUCCUUUAUCGUUGGGCCCCACAAUUUUAUUAUCUGACCCUAAUGACUAAACUAAAAUCGUUUGAUAUCUUGCUGUUGAUUUUUUUUUUUUUUUUAUUUGAAAGUGCAUCUUAACAUGGACGUGUAAUUUAAAAUAGUCAUUAUAUACUUCAAACCAAGUAACCAGAGGUGAACUGAGAAGUGGGAAGUAAAACAAGCAACAUAGGAUACCCCAAGAGAUCAAUAAGCAGGUUGUGUUGGGGGGGGGGGCUGAGGGGGGGGGUGGAUUUAAAUGUGCCAUCGACCCCCGUGAAGGACACCGUAUCACAACCAAUCUAUCGAGCAAACUGCUCUGCACAUAUUCAGCAGUGCUGAACGUAAAAUAGUCAUUAUAUACUUCAAACCAAGUAACCAGAGGUGAACUGAGAAGUGGGAAGUAAAACAAGCAACAUAGGAUACCCCAAGAGAUCAAUAAGCAGGUUGUGUUGGGGGGGGGGCUGAGGGGGGUGGUGGAUUUAAAUGUGCCAUCGACCCCCGUGAAGGACACCGUAUCACAACCAAUCUAUCGAGCAAACUGCUCUGCACAUAUUCAGCAGUGCUGAACGCCUUUUUUGGUCCCGUAUGUCGUUCUAUAGAUAAUCAAUAAUUAACCGAAAGAACAACUGAACAUAAACACAUUUAAUUGACCGCGCGACGUUGUGUAUUCUGUAUCUCAUGCGUUGUCACAGUUGGCUGCAGGUCUAAAGGAAAGAUGGACACGGUCCUUGGUGCUGCUGAAAGACGAUGUCGCAAUUUAACCUUUGCGCACGCAUCUUGACAAACAUGCGCACGCAUCUUGACAAACAUGCAACGAUCUCGACACCUAUCCGUUGUCAGUUAAUUUAAUACCCGUUAGUUCCCGGACAAGAUCCCGGGAUAUUUUUAUGAGCUGAAACUGGGAUCCCGAUUUAGAAACUUAUUCCAAACGUUAGACCUACGCUUAUUGAUAGGCUCUAUUGGACAAAGGCAUUCACCUGCCUUUUUGUGUCCCCGUCCCCCCUCUUUUCUGUUCUGCCACUAGCUACAUUCUGUGCUGAUAAGCUGGUACAGGUUUCUCACUGUGACGCCCUACGUUUAAUAGUUCUUACGCGUAAGCCUAUAAAUAAGCAAGCCCGCAUCGUCAUGCAUGCGCCGUGACGUCAGUGCGUUAAAAACGACAUUAAAGUAAUUGAUUUCAUCCGGUAGAGUAGCACGCUGCAGAAUUGUCUUUAACCUCUUAGUUUAUCUCACUGGCACAAUCAAAGAAUUUAGAAUGGUAUAUUUAUCAACAUCUGCUGUUGUCCCCCCCCCCCACCCCCCCCCAACCGCAAUUUCCACGUGCCUUACUAUUUAUUGGCUUUGUUUUUUUAAACGUGUGACGGAAUAGAGAUGUUAUGACGCAACCUGAAAAUCUAUCACACGCCCAAACAUAAAAUUCUGGUUUACCAAACAUUGCCACGGUGUGUAAAAAUAAACAUGUCGAUUGGCCUAGGCCUGUGAUUAAACAUAAAUGUCUUUCGAACUCAGCAAUCCGUAAAAAAACGGAGAAUGGAACCCGUAGAAGACUUACGUGAAACUAAGAAUACCAACAUGUUUACACGACUAGGUUACUUUAAUGGGACCUGGAUAGUGUAUGGAACCAGGUGUACCAACAUGUGUACACGAUUAUGUUACUGUAAUGGGACCUGGAUAAUGCAUGAAACCAGGAAUACCAACAUGUGUACACGACUAGGUUACUGUAAUGGGACGUGGAUAAUGUAUGGAACCAGGUAUACCAACACGUGUACACGACUAGGUUACUGUAAUUGGUCCUGGAUAGUGUAUGGAACCAGGAAUACUAACAUGUGUACACGACUAGGUUACUGUAAUGGGACCUGGAUAAUGUAUGAAACCAGGAAUACCAACAUGUGUUCACGAUUAGGUUUCUAUGAUGGACGUCUUUAAGACUCGUUUGAAACUAGGAGAAAACAAAUAAUGUUCUUAAAGACUUUCUUUGUGUUUUUCUUUUUCUGAACAUUAUUUUCUAACCUUCAGAGCAGAGGUGUCAAACUCAAUCGCUCAGCGGGCCAAAACUCAAAUCACGCGUAAGCCUUUCUAAAACAUUAAUAUUAAUAUAUAUUAAAACUGAAAAAUUGUAAUAAUACAAAUAUAAAAAAAAAAACCAGUGGCAUACUCAUUUUCACUCUGUCAGUUUUUCUAAGCUGGAUGUUUGGCAUAUUUUCUUCGCUACAAGUUCUUUCAAGUUGGGAUUAAUAUUCUGUGUCAUUGAAAUUCCCAUGAUGGGCUGCAAGUGUUCAUCAGUGAGACGACUCAUGUGUGAUGUUUUUGUUCAUCUUCACCACAGAAAAUAGCUGUUCACACAGAUAUGUUCAAUCAAACAUACCGUACUUAAAGUUCAAGCCGCAUGUAGACGAACCUGGGGCAUCUUUUCAGGAAUGAAACUAGUGAUCUGUGCAGGCCUCAAAGUUGUCGUACUCUGCCUUUAGUGUCCCAUUACGCUGCAGCUCUAUUAGCUCCUUCUGCAAAUUGAAAAGGGGCAGUUUCCACGUCUAUGAAAAAUAGGUUACUGUAACGACGAAACAUCCACUUACUGCACAACUUUUAUUUUCGCUUACUCUGAUCGAAGCGAGAACGCUCACAGGUAGCCUGUCGAUCGACAAGGGCGCUAAAUUAGGGAAUUUCAUUUGCGCUUUAUAUUGCAGGGACAUUAAAAAUAAUUUUGCCUAAAAUUCUCUCUCGGGUCGGAUAUAAUUAUAUGCCGGGCUGGAUGUGGCCCAGGGACCUUGAGUUUGGCACAUAUGCUUUAGUGCGUUUAAACUCGUCUACCUUAAAUUUAUACUCGUCUAUAUAUAUAUAUAUAUAUAUAUAUAUAUAUAUAUAUAUAUAUAUAUAUAUAUAUAUAUAUAUAUAUAUAUAUAUAUAUACACACACAUACAUAUAUAUAGAUAGACANUGCUAAGGAUGGGAAAGUCAUCAUUUUUAAUUAGCCAGUUCAUGACAAUUUUUUUUUUUUUAACAUUUCCUCUUAGAAUCUAGAUAAUUUGACAUUUAAUUAGCCACACUUUAAAUGUCUGUGUUAAUGCUUCGAGAUUAAAAAAAGUUAAAUCCGUAUGAUCCUUUCUCAGGAUGAUGUUUGGUUUUUUGUAUUUGGGUAGUCAGUUAUUUAAUUCUAACGUGUUUUUUUUUUUGUUACUAUAAAUAUGUAAUUUGAUUUUGAAUGUGGAUUGCAAUGGUAAAAUGUUUUAAGCAUGAAUCGUGACACUCGUGUUGUUGAUCAUUGCAGCCAGGAAAGCUUGUCUCUGAAGAGUAUCAGUUUUUAUUUUAAAUAAUGUUUUUUUGGGGGGAGCUUCAAAUUGAUAAUAAAUUUUUGAAUUGAAAAUAAUGGUAAUAAAUAGAUUUAAAAAAAAAAAAAAAGAAGAAACAAAAACAAAGGAAGAAACUAAAUCCCGUGUGCUGCAAAGAAGACGACCAUUCAGCACAACCACAACAGAUGAAGCGGCAACUUUCAUGGGCUUUUUGCCAUGUGUUGGAAUUUCUAACAAAAUAUAAACCUGAUGUCUACACUCUAGCAUGUCUUGCUUGACUUUCUGUGUGCCUAAAACUAACUAUUAUUAUAAGGGCGAUAAACUACUAUAGACUGAAGGGUAACCCAUCUCAACCAAGCAUCGGUCUAUGGUUUGCUAAAUCCACAUGUUCCCUAAGUUAACAAUAGGAAUAAGCAGACACUAAUGCUCAGUGCCGAUGGUUAGUUACCGCAAAUAGUGUCCUAUCUUAAAAUAUUGGAAUCUGUUUUUGGUUUAUGAUGAAACCGAAAAGGCAGCUUUGGUCUCUCUAUAGACCACGUUGACAAUCUGUAUAAUGGGUAAUUAUUUUCAUUGCUAAUGCUCCCUCAAUUCAGAUCCCUGACCCCGUCAUUUCCUGUUACGUUGAGAAUCCCUCCCAAGAAACCUUUGUACCAUCGACUUGCGUCAACCGACGAGCGCUUAGAAGCAGGAAGUGAGCCAGUCAUCGUGUGACAAACCAGGCAAUCGUGUUCAUGAAAUCGGCCGGAGAACGUCUUGGCUUAAAUCUUAACCGGGCAGCUCGGCCCGUCUUCACCUUAAAACGAGCGGGCUUUGUCUCACUGAUUCCCCCUUCCUUUCUCGCAAUAUCGAAAAGUUUUCCCCCUCACACUGCUGGUUUUCAAGGUAAUUUUUAGUGCUUCGUUCGCACGUUGAAAAAAAAAAUGGACUCGGUAGUGAAAAUGAGGUUUAUGGCCGGGCUUGAAGGAGAAGUAGACCAGACCUGCAGGUGCACUCAAGGCCCGUUCACUGAACUAUUUAUUGCAUUCACAAGCUCGAGCACGUAUUGUCUUACAAUGACAUUAAAAAAAAAAAAAAAAAAAAAAAAAAAAAAAAAAAAAAAUUUUUUUUUUUUUUUUUUUUUUUUUUUUUUGCCCGGUUGGAAAGAAUCGAUAAUAAAAAUAAUGAAUGUCAAUUUGAUAUUUUAUAUACGACACUGGUGUAGACAUGACUGGACUGUUCAAGGAAAGGGGCACCUUGUGUGCAUGCAUUCUUGUUUGGGGAUCAACGUACGAUAUAUAGACUAUACUGUUUGCAAGUACACUUGUUGUAAUUUUCACCUUGCCGGGGCAUCUCUGCACAUGCACCCGCAUCACUUUUCUAGAUUUAAAGUUACGUUAUACUUAGGCUCGAGAUCUGUCUACAUAAAUCAACAUUAAUACGCCCAUCUGUCCCCGGUCAUUCAAAUGUGUUGAGUCUAAAAAAUGCUCUCACUCUCUCGGCUCCCUUUAUCCAUCUACAUAAACACUCCAUUGUGCUUUUUAAAAUUACGAACAAAUACCUUAAUAACUAAAUCAAACGCACUGUUCAGUCUGGGUGUUGGGUUUAAACGCAUAAUAAUAAAAAAAGGGGGGGGGGAACACGAAUAAAGCACAAUAGAUUUUUUAAGGACAAUCUAUAUGACAUGGAUUAACACCAUUGUCGCAGGUUCCUUAAAGGUGAUCGAGAAAGUUUUUUUUUGUGCAGUGUGAUUGGGUAAGUGGUGGGGGGGGGGUCGCAGACUGAACUGUUAACUUUUUAAAUCGCAUUUUUAAAAUAUCUUUUUGAUCUGUCAUGUUUUAUCCCAUUAAGAAGUCUUUACAAAAAGUUUUUCGUAAAAAUCUUUUUUUAUAAAAUAUAAUAUCGAGCAAGGGGGCGCUGAAUAUUAUUUGAUAAAAGGAUGCAUUCAAGUAAGCGCACGUUAUAAGAAUCCCAAUUAGGGCCCCCAGGCUCGCCACUGCAAUCUUUUCACGCCCCUGAACUAUGUUAAUAUUCGAAUGUCACACCCGCUUUUACACCGCAUAUUUAUUACACCAACUAUCUCCGUAAAACAAAAGAAAAAUAAUACGCAUCAAACGCCAUGUUUUUAAGAACACGUGUUGUCAUCAGCAACACGUCUAUGUGCCAAGUUUUAGUUCGAUAGGUUGACAGGAUGUGGGUCAAUUAGCUCUCCGAAGAUUUUGGCACAAACCCAGAAAGAAAUACACGGUCUAAAGCGAAGCUAACGGAUAAAAAAAAACCCAACAACAACAAACUAUCGGGAUCUCGGUUACAGAUCAAAUAGGUUAGGGAAUGUGUGCAGUGUGCGGUAUGGUUACUGGCCGUCCGUAAUAUAAACAUAUAAUGUCUUGUCUGUAAAAGACCAUACGAACUUCAAGAUGUCUGUAAAAAAAGAAGGGGACAAAAAAAAAACAAAAAAAAAGCCUUUGAAAUGAAAACACCUGGAAUUUUUAAGCGUUUGUGAUUCAAGUGUGCCUGAUGUUAAAUUUAUGAUCAUAAGAAGAGCACGUUAAGCGCUGAUGAAAAUGUCAUUCAAUAAACGCUAUAUAUAGGCUUUAGCGUCAUGAGUGUGUUGUUAAUGCUCAUGAUAGAGACGUCAUACGCGAUAAAAAUUGUAAUUUUUGUUACCUGAACAGGUCUGAGAAAUUUAUACUAAAAAUAAGUGGUCUGUAAGAAUGGUGCCAUUUUAAAAUGUAGGGUUGCCACGUUUUAAAAUGUAUGUGGCAACCCUGCAAUGGUGAGACACUGGUACAGCUCUUGAGAUUUCGACUGACACAAGCAAACAUUCGCGAAAUAUGGAUCAAUAAAAAAGAAAUACCCUGAUAGAUAUUGUCUUUCCCUCCCCCCCGUAUGUUAAUUUUAUUUGUGACGAAUUUAAUUAGCAAAAACAAAAUUAGUAACAUUAUCCAUUUAAUUACAUAUAAAUAAACUGGAAACCGUUAAAUAUGGCAUAUACAAAUCUUAUACAAACUUAAAGGUGCGAGAGUUCCUAGAGAAUUCUUCUAAUGCAGCGUUUCUCAACCUGUGGGUCGCGACCCCUUUGGGGGUCGAAAGACCUUUUUCCAAGGGUCGCCUAAGACCAUCGUAAAAUACAUAUGCUCUACAGUUAUGAAGUAGCAACAAAAAUAAUUUUGUGGUUGGGGGUCGCCACAACAUGGGAAACUGUAUUAAAGGGUCGCGGCAUUAGGAAGGUUGAGAACCACUGUUCUAAUGUAAACCAACCGUGAUAUCCGACUCGUGAUGUGUAUGGACCAACGAAAAUAUUUAAUAAGUCGCUGGCCUAACACAAUUUAAACAACACUCGUUGACUGUCUUGAAAAUAUCCCCUUUGUGACAGUUUCUAUGUUUUUUAGUCGUAUUAAUAAAUAAUAAUUCAUGACAUUGGAGAGGCGUUUGAACUAUUUCAAAUAAUAAAACGUUGACAGACAGGGCUGCGUAAUCCCCUAUAUUUUCAAAGAAGGAGACACCGGGAUGCUCCUGCAAAAUGAACGCCUUGGCCGAAAUCAUCAGGGAUUUCCUUUUUUAGAAACGACUCACAAAGCUGGAUCAGAAGCUGGUAUGCUACGCAUUUUUUUUUUUUUUGAACUUCUUUAAUAUUUUAACAAGUUUCGCUUACCAUAAUGCGAAAAAGAAAUCUUUGGAAGCUUAAAUUUGGUCUUAUUACUCUGGAAAUGCGAUAAACUUUUGUGUCAGCAAUUAGGAACACACUCUGCUCGACUGUGUGUGUUUGUGUAUGACUGGAUCAGUCAAGCCUGGGUAAAAACUCUACGACACCCCAUGUAUAAAAGAUUGGAACCUCGCGGCUGCCUGAAAUUCACCGAUCUCAAAGUUGGAUCCCUCUCCCGUUUUUUAAAAAAAAAAAAGCUUUCCUUAACUGUACCCAAGGCAAGUUGCAUCAUUGAUCCCACGUACGAAUUUUAGGAUCGGGGUAUUUUUCUUAGAGUCUUUUUGGUUAGCGUUCUAGAAUCAGUGUCUUUUGGUUUUAUAGUUCUAGAAUCAGUGUCUUUUUGUAAGGAGUUCUAGAAUCAGUGUCUUUUUGUAAGGGGUUCUAGAAUCAGUGUCUUUUGGUUUAGAGGUCUAGAAUCAGCGUCUUUUUCCUAGAUUUCCAGUAUACGUGUCUUUUUGCCAAGAGUUCGUUUUUAAUAGUGAAAUGUGGGAAUUAAAAACAAAAACGUCAUCAUUCACUGACUAAAACAAUCAUUCUACGGCGUCAGAUGUUGGAGUCUUGACUCAAAUGUCGAUAUUUGGUUCUUUGCAGCACUUAAUAUAUACACCGUACGUUAGCAUUGAUCGAACAAGAUUACAUACGUUGGUUUUAUAGUUGUUUUCUUGUGUUCAGUGGUUCCCAUUUUUUUCACCUCAUUUCACAGAGGCUGGCAUGUUUAUAAAUAUAGAUAUAUGAAUGUAAUUUAUUUUACUGUCCACCGUACCCAAACUAUUAAAUCCACACUGAAUCACGGCAAAAAAUGCUUUUUUGAAAAGUCCUGGUGUCUUCAGGGAUUUCCUGAAACAACCAAUAAACCAAGCGCACUCAAGUGAUCCUCACCUAAUCCAUUGCAAACAAGUAACCACGUUAAGAACAUGGAAAAAAAAUGCUAGUCCACUGAAUAUUUUCAGCCCCCUCUUAUUGUCCUUUUUAAAAAAAAAUGUGUCUCCCCCCCCCCCCCCCACCCCCCUUUUUAAAAAAAAAGUGUUCCCCCCCCCCCCCCGACUACCCUGAUUAUACCCCCUCCCCGAUCUGUCCAACACCCUCUUUGGACGUUCUAAUACGCCCCGUUGAGCAUGUUUCUUGAUAACAUUUUCCCGAUUUAACCCUUGCUCACCUGGCCUCAUAGCAUUUUGUGUUCGCCAUUCUUAAAUUAAUAUCAUCAGGACUUUUACAUGUUUUGGUCGGCCGUGACAUUAUCCAUGAAUAUUUGAUAGAAAAUCACCCAUAAACCCGACAGCUGUUUGGAUAUUUCCCCACUAGAUUUAAUGGAAGGCUGUGUCCAAAAUGACUGCAUAUUUAAUGAGGCCGGGACUUUUGAAUUCUUCUAUCGCGGCGCAAUUAUUUACGUGUAGUGCUGUCAUUGACGUAAUAGGUUAGGGAUAGCUGUUUGCACAACGGAACUAUUAAAAUUCAUUUGAAAUAUCAUGUAUCAGUAGGCGAUCCAGGGGGGGGGGAUAUAAUGACAGGGAAAAUAAUUGCAUAUAAGAGUGCGUGUGUUCACAUGUUUUUAUGUUAAUGUAAUUCGUCAUACUCCCAUGCAGCAAUCUUUGUCUGUCUUUUCUUUACCGUGAUGUUUACCAUCUCAGAGAGGGUGGUGGAGUCACUGGAGAUCGAAGAGGCGCGCACUCUAUAGAACAAAUGAUUGAAGACUUUCUCCUUAAAGUAAGGUGUCUUGACAAAGUACUAUAAGCAACUAGUAUUUAAAUAUGUUAAGCCUUUUUUUAUGAUUAGACAAUAUACAAAUUCAAACUUUUAGGAAAAUAACUUCAUAAGCACAACAAAAAAAUUAAUAUACUUAUACGUUAAAUUUACAUAAUAGAUUAUGUAUAUCCUACCUAUUCCAAAAAAAAAUAAUAAAAGAAUAAGAAUGAGCACAAGUCCCUAACGUGUACAUUUAAUUCAUAAUUAUAUUUAUUUUGUUGCUCAACUGAUGAAGGUAUGUGCUGAAAUAUUUGAAUGUUAUGUUGUCUAAUCAUAUAUAAAAGUAAAAAUUUGUGGAUUUGUUUGUUUUUGUCUUUGUUCCACAAAUGCUUUUACAUGGAUGGAGGGAUCUUGACCAAAUUUUGUUUGCACAUAUCUCCAUCAUUUUCCGGAAGGAACUCUUAAAGGGUUAUAUUAAGUUAUAAACUUUUUAUAACAUUCCGUUUGGGACCGUGGGCCACGAAUUCGUUUUUUUUUUUUCUUAUAUGAGUUAUAUAAAUAAAAUGACCAACAAAUACUCCUACAUGAAUAGAUAAAUCUUGACCAAACUUAGUACACACGCACUUGAUUAUCCAUAUUAAAAAAACGAAGGGUACUGAACUCAUAAUAUCCAUUCCUCUGGGUCCCGGGGCCCUGUUUUAUUUGGCCUUAUAUAAGCUAUUUAAAUAUAUCAAUGGCUUAGAAAACACGAUAUUUUUAUGUCAGUGGCUCUUAACCUUUUUGGAGGUACCGAACCCCACCAGUUUCUUAUGCGCAUUCACCGAAACCUUCUUAAUAGGAAAAAUAAAAUAUAUUUGUUUUUUCCUGAUUUUUUUUGGACCUCCGCCGAACCCCUGAGACUGACUCACCGAACCCCUGGGGUUCGAUCGAACCCAGGUUAAGAACCACUGUUCUAUGUGAAUUGAUGGAUCUAGGCUUAGCUUGGUAGCAUUACAAUUCAUUGUUCGUAUAGAAAUAUCGGUGGAUUUAAAACUAUUAAUAUUAAUAUCCAAUCUAGAAUUUUCCAGAAAUUUCGAUAAUUUAACAAAAAAGCUAUGUCUAUGGUGUUUUUAAACCGAUUUAAAUGGGACAGCUUUUAAAUUUUAACUUUAUUAUUUAUCUUAAUAAUUUUUAUGGAGCCCCCUAUCUGAGGCACAGCUAAAUCGGUACAAUUAUGAAAUGGGCCCCCCCCCACCCUCGGGGCCCCUCUUUCAACAAAAUUGUACCAUAGUGAUUGUAAUGCAUUAACUUGUAGAAUUUUUCGUAUUCGCAAAGUAAUUAAUUAGAAAAGUACUUUUUCACACGUUUCGAGGAGGAUAUUAAAUUUAAACUAGAAUGUUCCACAAAGUUCUAUAUUGUUCUAAGGGGAUAUAUAAUGGGAUCUAAAAGCUUAUUAAAAUGUUAAUUUGGCUCUAUUCAUUUCUAUAUGUUCAUGUGGAUUAUCUUUAAAAAUACCCUUCAUAAUCCUACGGGGAACUGGAACCCACCGAUAACGCAAUCACAUCGGGUCACGGGAUAAAAGUGGGAUCGGGAUCCUAUCGGGUAACGGGAUCCCGUCAGAGAAGAGGAUCCCAUCGGGAAACGGGAUACUAACGGGAUCCCACCGGGAUUGGGAUCCUACCGGGAUCGGGAACCCACGGGUAUCGGGAUCCCACUGGGAUCGAUUUACCUCUGGGUUCAGAAUGCGGACGGGAUAGGGAUCCACCGGAAUUGGGAACUAGAUGGAUCAGAAUCCCACCGGGAAUCGGGAUCCUAAACGGGAUCCGGAUACUAACGAGAUCUGGAUACCAACGGGAUCGGUAUACCCAUGGCAUCGGAACCCAAUCGGUAUUGAGCGGGAUCGGGAUCCCAUCGGGGUCCAACUGGGAUUGGGAUCCAAUCGGGAAACUCAAACCUAUCGGGAUCACACCGGGAUCAGGCACCCAACGGGAUUGGUAUAUAAAUCGGGAUCGUAAACCCACAAGUAUCGGGGAUCACGCCGGGAUCCCACUAAGAUCGGGAUAUCACCGGGGUCGGACUACUUACGGGAUCGUAAUCCCACCGGAAUUGGGAUCCCGAUUACCGUGAUCGGGAUCAUACCGGGAUUGGGAUCCAAACGGCGUCGGGUCCUUACAGAUACCGGGAUACCAUUGGAAAACGUCAUCCCAGCGGGUAUCGGGAUCCGAUUGGGAUCUCUCUGGGAUCGUUGGGGAACGAAAGUUUUACAAAUUUAUUAUAAAUGCGUUUUUAUCGGAGACAAAUGAAUUAUAUCCUUUUUACUAUAGGAAGUUUUUUUUUUUUUUCAUUGUGCUUAAUUUCAAUGUUUAUUAAAAGGCUGUAAAAGUUGGGGGUUUUUCGAAUGCAAUCCCGGGCAACGCCGGGUAUAUUGGCUAGUCAUAAAUAAAAAUUAACAUAUAUUGUUUUUAUUUACAUAAAUUGUUAUUGGUUACCGGAAAUUUGAUCGAAAGAAAUUUACCGUCGACGAAAUUUCUUUCGAUCAAAUUUCCUGAUACGAUUUUUAUUGGUUAGUCAUAAAUAAAAAUUAACAUAUACUGUUUUUAUUUAUAUAAAUUGUUUGUGUCUCAUUAAUCUGUCACACAAGGGUUGGUUAUCGCUCGCCGUUAAAGGGAGAGGAGGUUAUAAUGUGAUAAUUCUAGAACUAUCUAAGAUGUAAAUCUAGACUAUCUUUAUCUGCAAUGUAAAUCUAGCCUAUCUUUAUCUGCGAUGUAAAUAUAGCCUAUCACUAUCUACGAUGUAAAUCUAGCCUAUCACUAUCUGCGAUGUAAAUCUAGCAUACCUAGAUAAUUUUGUUUACGGUGACACGUCGCCUCAGAAUCCGGAAAUUAAUUUUCGCGUGGCUUAAAAUGUUUUAAUCGCCAGCUUAUUUAAAGUUGACGCUUUCAAAACAGGAUGAACAUGUUCGUCACCAGCAUCAAAGGCCACUGAUUAAGGUGGCAUGUGAACCAAUUUAUGAUGUAGCGCCCAAGUCUGAGGGAGAGAAGCCCUUACUGCUCCCCUGUACUUUUCCCCACAAACACCCCGUGUCAUUGUUGGUUUGCUGCCACUGUGGGCAGCACCACUCCUCCCUCUCGUGUCCACCCUUAUACCCCUCGCUACAUCUCCUUGUUCAAUAUUGAUUUGUCAAAGCCGCCCUGGUUCCUACACAGUGUGAACAGAGCUCAUCGUGGACAGUCUUCGGUACGCUUUAAGAGGGGAAAAGAGGGGGACCUUUGGGGGUGAAGGUACAAGCCGGGAGGGCCAUCACACAACAUUGGAGGACGACAGAUGGUGAUGUUAUAUUAGAUGGUUGACAGAUAUGCUCCCCUAACGGUUUUGGUAGGGGUAUUUUAUACAACUCAGAAUUUAUCAGAAAGCCACUAUAAAUUGAACACCGUAUUACAGUCGUCAGCCUUGAACGUAUUCAUAAAAUACAUUUAUGAUGACUGUUUAUUUCCAAGAAUAAUGGAUACCUAUAAACAAAGAAAAGGCAGACAAAAUUGACUUUGUAAUGGUAUUAAAUCACAACACUUGUGGCUGUUUUAUGUACCGGUAUCUUGUUAUAGUAUUUGGGGUAUUGCAGUAUCGGAUUACAAUAAAGGGAUGUUAAGGUUACAUCAGGCAACAGUACAAGAGAAUGAGGAUGUCAUGGCUAUGUCAGACAGAUGACUGGGUGGCCGGGUGGUCUAAACUGAGUCAAUGGCAAGCUCGUGGACUGGAGCUCAAUCCCCAGCAAAAUCUUAGACCAAAAACAACAACAACAAAAAAUUAAAAAUAACACCACCACCCUGGGUGAAUGGGACUCGUUAACCUUCUAAGAGAAGGCAAACUCUGAGAUGGAGUUCCGCAGGCGGCAUGACGCAAUGAAAAUUGGAACACCUCCAAUGACGUGGAACGCAUAAACAGCACAUUCUUGUGAGACACAAGAAACACUGCUGGCAAUCUACUGCAUCCUAGUCUAUUUCCAGUCGUCUUGGACUACGUAUUGCCAUUGAAAACAAUGGGCAAGGACGAGAGAGUGAGGCUGACGAAUUGAGCGACUCUCUCUCAAUAUUAAUAACAUACAGCUUAAGUCAAGACUACCACUCAAUUUGAUGCCAUUGUUGUAUCAGAUGUCCCCAUAAAUAUCCGAGAACCCCUGCAGUAGCUGUCUUUGUAGGGCCCACUUAACGGUUCUGAUGGUACAAAGACUCGAUCAUCUUUAAAGACACAUUUUUAAAUGCAUUAUUUAAAAAAAAACAAAGAAUGAGUCUCUUAUUUAGACUUUAUUUUCCUGUUCCAAGAAACACUUAAUAAUAUUUCAGUUAUUUGUUGCCCAUCCGUGAACCAUCAGUUUGAGUAACAAUUGUCUAUCGACGCAUGAUGUAGCUUCAUUUAUGCUGCUGUUGCAGGAGAAAUCGUCAAAGAAAAUGUGAAUGUUCCUCCCAAUCCCACUGUCAUUUUAUCUUUAGGACCUACUACAGAUGGCCCGUUCUAACCUUUACAAAGAAAUGUGUAUUUAAAAAAUUGCAUUUGGAUUUUGUAAAAGCCUUUACAUAAACGAUCACAAUGGUUUUUUUAUGUAUAUGAAUGGACAAUAAAAUCGCGUGGAGCGUUCAUGAUAAAACGAAAAUAGACAAUUAUUAACAAAAAGCUAUAAUCUUUUCGUUAGUCAUGGGUAAAAUUGGUAAAUAUAUUUCCUCGAGACUGACGAACAGUCAAAUAAAAGAACACGAAACCAAGACAUAAUAUUGUUUAAGAAUGUAGACAUGUUACUGGCCCGAGGUUCUCAUGUCAAUGACAUGCUUUGGUUUGCCUUGUGUGUUACGAUAGUGACUUGUUUAGUGUGUUACCUUGGAGAUGACAUACUUACCCCAAAAGGAGUUGAGUUUAAUCAUGUUCCUAGAUUAGACGAUUCGAUCAAUUGCUUGUAUAAUAUAUUUAUUUUCUCAUCUAAUGUAGAUUAUUCUAAUUUCAUAGGACUGACUUCUUAUUAGUAGCUUUGAUGCACUUCAUAUUUUAAAAAAAAUUAUUAUUUUGUCCCUAGGCGACAGGCUUCAUGGAACUAGCAGUCCCCUAUUCCAGCAUAGAGGAUGUACACACCGUUUCCAGAUGGGACGCGGGGCAAAAGUUCUGUCUACGCAUAACAAUACAGGAUGGCUCCGUACUCUUGCAAGUAAGUCAUAUAUUGGCAUUUGGAAGUCAAAGUCCAAACACUUGAUGACUUUUAGUGUCUUUCAUAUAUCACUAUAUGAAACCCAGCUUUUCCCCAGUUGCGGCACACUGUGUAUUAUCACCAGACGAAACUUGCCUGAGCAAAUUUACCAGUGGGUUUAUCGUGCACUCGACAGUUUCUAAAAGUAACGGCAUGCAUGCAAGAAACCUCGUUUUCCCACUGAGGGAAUCGGCAGGUUAGGAUAAUUUCGGAAACUUCAAGAAUUACCUUAUCCCCACAAAUUAUGGACAGACAGACUUAACCUUGUGAAAAGCAAAACAUUUUUUUUUCUUUUGUUCAGUAGACUGCAAAUGAACGUACAUGUCAUUUCCUUACUUAAGUUGGGUAUUUCAUUUGAGGUUUUGAGAGUGGACUGUAGAUGGGUCAUUCGAGUUUUAAUAAAUUUUUAUAUAUAUAUAUAAAAAGUCAUCAAUCUUGUAAGUCAUCUCCGUAAUAGUGCGCAAGAUAAGCAGUGUCCCGUCUCAAAACACUUCAACAGAAGCGACCACAAGGGUUCAGAGGAUUUUGCUAUCACCGCCAUUGUGUCUUGUACAAACACACCCAAACGAGUUAGUUUGGAAAACAAGCUGAUUCAGACUUAUGAAACAUUGACACCACAUAGCAUGAAUGUCAUGCUCUCAUACCCCUCCUCGUUACGACCAACCGCAGUCGACUUACUUUUCCUCUCUUCUGUCCCAUUUCGCCUGUAUUUUACUCUCUCACCUAUCUAUGUUCUGUCACAUUCCUCUUGCCGUCCUCUCGGAUACCACAUUGUAGCUAAUUAUUAUUUUACUUUGUUUUUCAGGUUUUCCCAUACUUUGUUUUGCUUAUUUCCUUAUACCUAACCUGAUUGCAAUCUCUCCCCCCUUAUUACCUCUUUUAAUUAGUCUAGUCACCGUUUUUUUUAAUCAGGCCAGUUACCAGCCUUGUAAUCAGGCAAAUCACUAAUCUCGUCAUCGGGAAAAGCACAAAUUAUGUAAUUCAGGCUAGUGCCAAGUAAAAAAAUACAGUGCGAUGUAAUCAGGCUAAUGCUGUGUAAUCAGGUUAGUGCCAGGUCGGCUGCCUGGAGCUCUUGGCGUAGCUUAAUCGGGUAGUGCCUACAAGUGUAGAGUAAUACACCGUUUACAAAAUGUGAUAUAUGGACAUCAAUUAACACCGCACCGAAGUGGAGUGCAAUAAUCAUUGUGGCACUUAACUUAGCACGCACAUCAAGUAUCACUCUUAGAGACCUAAAUAGGCCAUUCAGACCUGCAAAUGGACCUGAUGCCAUGAGGCAGUGGAGUAGGGUGGGUGGUCAAGAGCAGGGCAAUUAUCCCCCCCCCCCCAACCAUGAACUGUUAGCAUCUCAUGUGAACCGUUCAUCUGUUUUUAUUAUUAUUAUUCCCUUACACCUAAAGCACGUUCUUUUAAAAAGAAGACAUUCGGUUGUAUUAAAAGUAAAAUCUAUUCAAUGCCAGUGCAUUAUAAAAUAUUCAAAACAACUUGUUAUAAAACGUAUGCACAUUUUCAUUAAUAAUGCGGAUAUCAGCAGUGACUUUUCUCUGAAUGGACAGUGGCCUAUUUAUUUCCUCCUCAGGGCUUCUGAUGACUUAUUGGUGAUCACAAAUAUAUUUUGAUUCAUUGCGAGUUUUAGGUUUUUUGGUUUUUCUCUCCCCUUCCCCCCCCUCCCCCCCCAAAAAAAAAACAAAAACAAAAAAAAACACCAUACUCUUGGUUGAAACAAUCACCUCUCAGUAUCCGCGCACAGCUUUUUAUUUCCUCCUCAGGGCUUCUGAUGACUUAUUGGUGAUCACAAAUAUAUUUUGAUUCAUUGCGAGUUUUAGGUUUUUUGGUUUUUCUCUCCCCUCCCCCCCCCUCCCCCCCCAAAAAAAAAACAAAAACAAAAAAAAACACCAUACUCUUGGUUGAAACAAUCACCUCUCAGUAUCCGCGCACAGCUUAGCAAACUCUUUUGAAGCUCCCCAUUUAUCCACCCCGCAGAGCAAGUCUAAAGAUUUCUUGUUCACCAUCUGCUAAUAAGGGUUGGAAUUUCUCAAACAAGACAAUGUUGCGCCCAAGGCGUUUUUCGUCCGGUGGCCGUGGUUGCAGCUUAGACCUCUGUUUCCUAUGAAACGUUCUCUGAAGUUGAUUAUUGAGGAAAUCAUUCCUUGUAACAUAAUAUUUACGAAUACUUAACGUUUAUAAAGCCAAUGAAUAUGAUGUUUCAUGUCCAGGGAUUGAUUUUAAGUUGCGACAUCCUAUACACUUUAUUGAAUGUCACAGAUUGAAUUAUUUACAUUUUUAUAAAUCCACCCCCUUGUUUUCACCCGUUCUAUAAAAUUCCCGUGCUGAUGGGGUAACUGCCUCGAGGUUGAAAGUCGCUGUCGUAGACAUGUGAAACAAAAUCUAUAAGCCUUAUAUUCCUUGUAUACGAAUUUCGUCCACCUAUAAAUAUAUUUAUGGUUUUUCUUUGUUUUCAAAUAAAAUAUUUGUGGAUAGAAAAUAAUGUAUGCUACGCUGCCCUGGGCGACACGAUGGCUUUCAAUACGUGUUAAAAAAUUAACACACUACGGCAGCUAAUCGUUUUGAUUUUGUAUUCCCACAAAUGUCAAAUAUCCAUGAAUGGCUGAUUACGCCCAUGGGACUCGGCAUUCAGAAACUGCACUGAUGCAAGCCUGUUUUUUUGUGUCUGAGGGAUUAGUCAUCUGUACUCGUUACGUCGUGAUAUGCUGCAAGUAGUAUAAUAUAAAGGAUUAGUCAUCUGUACUCGUUAUGUCAUGCUAUGCUGCAAGUAGUAUAAUAUAAAGGAUUUUCAUUUGUACUCGUUAUGUUAAGAUGUGUUACAAAUAGGAUUGGUCAUCUGUACUCGAUAUGUUGGGAUCUGCUGCAAGUUGUAUAAUAUAUUUUACAGUGAUCACAUCAGUCAUUAUUAUUUGGGGGACGGGGGGAAGCGCAUUGGUGUUUCAGUUUGUUUUAAUUAGUAGUAUUGCAGCAUGAUGUAUACGGUAAUACAGAAGUUGUGACCAGACGUUACAGGAGCUAAAAUUUCCAAUCUUUGUAUCCCAACCACUAUCUCGAAAGGCGUAGACUAUUGAGCGAAAGCAAGAACUAGACUUUGAGUGUACUUAAACGGUGGCUUUCGCUUUUCGUCACCUCGAAAUAUAUAAUAUCAUGGAUGUCAGCAAAACGUUGGGUAUGACAGACCCGAAAUCUAAUGUGUUUCAUCCAAGAUGUCUUAGAAUCUAAGUUAGAUCUGACCACGUUCAUGUACGAAGAAGUAAUAGAAAAGCCCGUUUUCUUUCAUAUAGUGCUAUUUCCAAGGCACAAACUGCUCCGGCUACAUAGCCAAUGCCAAAAUACACUGUAAUCCCACCCUAAGGAAAGAGAAAACGUUGAAGACCCAGGAAGAGGCCUCGAAAAUUGGGCACCAGGCUAAUAGUAUCGCUGAAUACUAGGCGGUAGAAGUGGAGAUCAAUAAUUGUCGUUACUUAAUCAGUUUUUACAUGGUAGCCAACGUGAUGACAAAACAUCUGACAAUCGUUGUCAAUUUUUUAUAUGGACAAUUAGAACGGACAAUUAAAGAAGUUGGUUAUUCAAUUAAUUUUAUUAUUGUACACACGACAUAAACGUUAAAAAUAGAUCUUAAAAUGAAUUUACAUUGUUCAUUGGAAGUCGCUGACGUCAACCGUUCUAACCCAUCUACGACACAACUCACGCGACGGGGCAUUGUAUUGAGCCUCACUAUUGAGCUGUUUCUGAGAGAGAAGAAGCUCUAGCAGCGUAAAGUACAUCAUUACCGACAUUUCCGGUUAAUGGACAUAUUUAAUCCGACGCUGUCUUGUUAUAGCGGUUUGGGUAUCUAUGCCAUUUCCCUUCAUGAUUAUACGUAAACAAAUCCUUGCCAACUCUUUAAGUGGGGACAAGAAAAAUAAAAUUAAAAAAAAACAUUCUCAGGGGCACACCAACUUGAUUGUGGAUGUGUUGAGGUUGUUAUGUAAGACCCCAACCACGACAUCCAAGGUGGUGUUUCUUUUCUUCUUUUUUUUUUUUUGAAAUUGCAGAUCAAAAUAGGAUGUCUUCUUUUAAAGUACAUUUUUAACGAAAUCCUAGAUUUUAAAACAGUAAUCACCAACACUGAACACUUUAAUAAGGCGGCUAGAAGGUGGAGCCAACUUUUUUUAUUAUACCUCAAUCUGUUGACAUGUUGUCAAUCUUUUGACAUGUUGUCCAACUCCUUAGAGCUCAGAUUUUUAAGAGCAGGUGUUCUUAACCUUUGUUUUUUCCCAUGGAUCCACUUUCCAGUCAUUUGGAGGCCACGGAGCCCCUUUUAAAAUAAAAUUUUAAAUACAUGCACCCAUAAUAAAAUUAUAGAGAACAUGCAGCUCAUGAAGCCCCUGACACCUUUUCAUUGACCCCCAAGCGGUUCCUGGACCAGGUGUUAAGAACUCUUGACUUCCGCUCGGAUUAGUGGUCGGAUAAAAAAAAAUCACUAAAAUAAUGUAUAUCUGUUAUUCACAUUGCAGGCUUUAUGUAUGUGCGAUAUGGGCGGUUGCCUAGAUCGGCAUUUGUUCAAAGGGCGGAAAAUUCCAGAAAAAAAAAAUUUUUGAAUAUAAAAAAAAAUGAAUAUAAGGCACCCCUCUCUCUCUCCCCAUAAUGUGAUCAGUUCAGAUAAGUGGAAUGAAUUUGUUUACAGAUAAAUCCCUUUAGGGGCAAGGAUAAGGCAGAUUCCCCCCCCCCCCCCCUCAAAAACUCUGCAGUUGGCCGACUUUCUCCAUUCCCAUAUACGUCACAAAUACAAAGCACUUAGUAACAGCUUCACAAUAAAUCUCAUCACCAUAAAACGCUCCUAUUGAACAAAUCAUAUUUCAUUCAUCUUCCUCUUAAAAAAACUGGAAAGACUGAUUUUGGGUGUUGGUGGGGCUAAAAAUUUGAUAGAAUGUAUUGUCAUCGACAACAGCUCCACGUAACAAGUUUCAGCUCGAUAGGAUGACGGGAAGUGGGUCAUUUAGCCUUACGAAGAUAUUGCCAGAAAUAGACGUACGAAAGCGAAGUUAUUAUAAAGGAUUUUUUUAAAAAUCGAUUGAGUAAUUGAAUGCAAAAAAAAAAAAAAAACAAAAAAAACAAAAACAAAAAAAAAACAAAAAAAAACGCCUAUACCUUCCAUAAUGAUAGAACAUAUGAAGUUUUUCUUAAAGCAAUUACAACAGCUAAAUCAUUAAAGAAUUUUUUAAAAAAACGAUUAAGAAAUUAAAAAAAAAAAAAAAAAAAAAAACAAAAAAAACAAAAACAAAAAAAAAACAAAAAAAAACGCCUAUACCUUCCAUAAUGAUAGAACAUAUGAAGUUUUUCUUAAAGCAAUUACAACAGCUAAAUCAUUGGCAGAACAUAUGGUUUCCAUAAAGCAUUUAAAACAUCCACAUCAUUGGCAGAAGAAAUGAAGGUUUCGAUAAAGCAACUACAUCUAAAGCUUGAUAGUUCCCAAGAGAAAAUUACAGCUAAGAAAUCGACGAACAUCAGGUCUUUGGCUAGUAGUACUAUUUUGAGUGGGAAAAAACUUCAGCAACCACCACACAAAAUUAACUUUUUGACCCCAAUUUAGUAAAUAGCCUUUUUAUAGAGUGCGUCCUCCUUGUAUAUUUCAGAUACACACAAUGUAUAAAAUAUUUAACUAACAAAAAACAAGACUAAUUAAAAUUUAAAAAAAAUAAAAAUCUGAUUCACGACAUCGGACUCGGCUUCUUAUCCCUUUGUUUAUUCGUUAUUGAAUUAAUUUAUUUACUAAAAAAACAUCGCCUGUGUCGCUUUUCCAAUGUAUGACUGAGAAGUGUGAAAUGAACGCUGUAGUCAGGAGAAGUGCCGCCACGACCCUGCCAGCUGUUUGACGUUGACCCAGACAACAACCUCGUAACUCGAGCCUGACAUUGGUUUCAAUGACUUCUUACCUAGCACGGCGCCCCAACUUCCGCGUUUAUCCAUUGUCUAGAUAGUAGCCGACUUACUCGCUGGGUACUUGCUGAAAUAACUUAAUUACUUUGUGAAAGCAGGAAUGGUUGUUGAUUUUUUAUUUUUUCAAGACAGGUUUCCUAUUUUCAUGUAGUGUUUUUUUAGGGCUCACAAUAACUCGGUGCGUCUCAGUGAAUCGACCAUAGAACAGUUUCCAGUGAAUUUCAUAGUUGUUAUCAAAGAAGUUUUCGCCAACAUCGCACAGUUAUUUAAUAAUCGUAAUAUUUUGUCCAAGUACAGAGGUCCUAACAUGUGGUUCUCGGAAACGUUUGGGGUCCGUGAAAAUGUGUCAGAUCGUUCGUAAACUUCAUCACCUUUGGGGCUGCAACCUAUAGGUUGGGAACCAUGGUUCUUUAUCAUGGUUCUCAACCUUCCAAAUGCCGCGACCCUUAAAUACAGUUCCUCACCUUGUGGCGAUCCACAACCACAAAAUUAUUUUCGUUGAUACUUAAUAACUGUAGAGUUUAUGUGUUUUCCAUAGGUGAGAGAGAACCGCUGUUCUAUAUGAACCUACAUAUUCACUGAAAUAGAAUUUUUUGUGUGUUGUUUUGUGUGGGGGGGGGGGGGACUUUUACAAGACUAGGGUUUAGAUUACUCGGAGCUUUUUCGACCUGACGCAGUUUUAAAAAAAAAAUAGUUUCUUAAGUGGUCAAGUCCUGAAUAUUAAAAGUGCAGAAAUGUCGUUCAGAUACCAAAGUUCAGUGUCAAUGUUACAGGUAAGUUUCUGUAAUUGUACCCCUCUCGUUUGUAGAAUAUUUUCGACUGACUGGCACAACGUCUACCAAGGAUUGAACUCGUUAUAUGUCUUUAGAUAUCUUUGUAAUAGUGAGCUCGGAUAUCUUUUUUUGUUAGUGGCCUGUACACUUAACAAAAAAACGUAGGAUGGCGUAUUUGAAAUGUCCCAAUGUGCACUUUAGCUGCAACACCUUGCAAUGUCAUGAAUAAAGUAGAAAUUCUCCAUCAGACUAACAGGACAUUGUACGUGUUGCAGAAGUUUGUUUUUUUCUUUUUCUUUUUUUAACAUCGACCAGGAAGUGAAUUCAUGUUGUUUAUGAUUCUGAUGACGCGGUUCUCAGUCAGCUGUCGGGGAAGCUUUUUUGUGUGGAUUGUUUAAGUUUUCGAAAUAGAGUCCAGAUUAUGUUAACUGUGAUAUUCGAUGAACUGGAUCUCUGAAAAAAUCUUCGUGUUUCAUUUGCACCUUGUGGACAAUGUGUCAGGGUUUGAGUACCUAGAGAACAAUGGAACAGUAUAUUGCAAUAACGAAAGAGAGAAACACACAGAGAGAGAGAGAGAGAGAGAGAGAGAGAGGUGUGGGGGAUAUAUUUUGAACGCUGACUUCCAUAUAGACAUCGGCCAACCCCAGUAUCCCCUUCCGAGACCAGAACAUUUAAAAGCAAUGUAUCGGAUCUUUUCCUCUACGGACCAGAGUACUGGAUGACCGCAAGAACUUCAGAGCGGAAUCUUUAAAUUUUCAAGACGGAGUGCUUGCGAAUGAUCAACGAUGUGGAUAAGAUAAAUUCCGUUGACGGACUGAGAUGCCGACAAGGAGCGAAACAGAAACGAUGCAAGCUGGUCGCUGGAGAUGACGCGGUCAUAUCCUUAGCGUACCACCAUAGUUUUCCUAAAAUUGGCAUCUACUUAAAAUCUAUCUAUCUGUGUGUGUAUACAUCUCAUUUAAGUACAUAAUGUGUACAUAAUAUGGUUGUUUAAACGGUUUUUGGAGCGUUAUUGUGUAGGCCGCAUAGUUGGAGUGGGGGAGGGUUUUCAAUCCUUGCCAUGUCCAAUUUAAGAAAAUGACUGUCUUUAUAAUAUAUUUAUAUGUGUAAUUUUGUAUGAAAUGAGAAACAUAAUUUAUUAGUUCAUCGACCUGACAUCGCCGACAACCGUAGAGCUUCCAUAACUGUUAACGCCAGUUCAUCUUCACAAGAGAUUUGGAGUGCUUUAAAAUGAAUACUUUUAUAGUUGUUUAAAAUGAUUAUUGUAAAAUCUUUAGAAUGUUCUCCAGGACAUGUUUUUCCCCUCACUUUUUUUUCAUUCAGUCUUCAAAAUUAACAUUACGUCUCCAUAUCCCUUCUUCUUCUAUCCGCGUCGCCGGGAGAUACUGUUGGCGAUGCGCCGCAAGGUGUGAGGCCUGCUGGAGGUUCGUGUCGUGGAUUUUGAGGGUGUCCUCAACACAGUCAACCCACCGCCGGCGUGUGCCCCUACCUCUGGCUCUGUACCACACCAAGUGAUAAAAACAAGAUCUGCUCUGAUAGUUUUAGGAACUCCGUCAGUACUGAAGGGUUGGGGACGAUUCGCCGCCGCACUUUCCCUGCCGGGCCGUUUCGUAGAGGGGCCGUCUUGCCGAAAACGAUAAAGCAUUAUACAAAGGAGAUAAUUGAAAUCCUUGGUACUAUACAACUUAAACAUUGGCUGGGAUUUAAAUAUAUUUUUACCCCCCCCCCCCCUUUUUUUUUCUUCCCAUAACCAAUGUAUUUAAAUUGUAUUUUACAUUUUCGAACUAUUAAUAUUAAGAGAAACGAAAAUUUUAAAGUAUUAAAAACCUCGAUAUUCUUGACACAGCCCCCAAUUUCAAUAUUAAGUAAAAAUUGAACUUUACUGCUAUAGAGGCCGGGGCCCCAAUCAAAAUAUUAAAUGUUGCAGCUUUCUCUUUCAUCUUGUCCCUGAUUUAGAUCAAAAGACUCUUUUUCUUUAAAAAAAAAAAAAAUUAAGAGUGGCUCUUUAUCCAAAAGAAGGUUUCUGACGGGGCCCCAAAUUAAAAUGAUAAAUAAAAGAGUCAUUUCGGAGCCUAGACUCUUAUUUCCACCAUAACUAGAUUAACAAGGCCAUUUCGCCCACGAAGGUAUAGAAUUUUAUAUAUAUAUAUAUUUUUUUUUUUAAAUAUAAAGGUUACUAUUUAAAUACACAUUUUAUUUUAAGAACUCUGAACACUGAAAAUGCAUUUAUUUAUAAAUUUGAUUUUUACAAAUGGUGUCAAGUGAGCUGUCUGGGGACGUGUUCUCUAUCACGAGUUUGCUUGGAACUUGUCCUCUGUCACUGCUCAGUUUUGGAAAAUCCCCCCAAAUUUUCUGGUCAGGGUGAGGCAGCAUGCAUAUACUCUGGGAGGAUGGCUGGACCCAGAUCAUGACAGAAGUUAGAGUCGAAGAAGUCCUCAGGGAAUACUGCCCUGGAAUAAGCCGGGCGGAUAUGUUUUACCUUCCCUCCCAAGACAACCUCUUGAAAGAGUCCAGGAGAAAUGCAAUACAAACUUCUUUUCACUCAUGGAAAUAGAAGUUUGGGUGGGGGGGGGGAGUCUUGUAUCCUGUCUAAAGUACACAACAGAAAAAUAAAGUCAAACAGAUUAAUUAUUUAAAAGGGAAGCGUUAUGGCGUGGUGAUAAAAAUCAAUAAACUUAAACAUUAACGAGACAUUCAAAAUGGUAAAAGUUGGGGCGGUUUCGGAUUUUCAGGAGCAGCUGGAGAGAUGCCAUUUAAACAUGUAGGUGUGACUUGACCUCAGAGCCAUCGUGUGGGCCCUGGAAUCUAUACGCUGCAGGGGGCCUCGGCUAUUUUUGGGGCUCAAAGUUGUGAUGUGGACACUAUUUAAUCAUCAACUGUAAAUGCGAUGUGGGGUGGGGGUUGGGGGGGGCAUAAAAACCGAAAAGUCAAUCUAUUCCUCCGAUGGCAGCCGGUUGAUGACGUCGUUGAGGAUUCUAGUCUUUACGCGCAUGUAAAGACCCGACUGGAGUUUGAUAAUUUAAUUUGAACUUAAAUUGUCCUGCUGUCAUAAUAAAAUAUGUUAUCCCUUUUGAAAAUUAGCUCUCACGUAUGCAGCAUUGCAAUUAAAUAGUUAUCGAUAUUUUAAAUAAAUAAACUAAUUGACAUCAUUUGGUCUCAGGCUAUAUAUGCAUAUAGCCGUGUUGCAGCUUUUACUGCAGAUAUAGAAAUUAUUACAUACCUGACAAACAAUAGUUUGUUAUCUCAGUCAGAAUUUGUUGUUAAAAAAGCAACUUUGUAACACACAUUGUAAUUUGAAGAACAAUAUGAUUAAACAAAAAGUAUAUCAAUCUUUCUAAAUAUUUUGAGAAUUAAACACAAGUCCGCUUGCAUUUUCGUGAGUAUGCAAUGAAAUCACGACUUACCUUGUAAAAAUCAAUAAAAAUUAUUCAAACUGUCAUCGGAUUCUCAAUAUCUUUGUAAAUUGAGAGUUUGCAUUAUGUCUUGUCCUCUGAACUUUUAAAAAAUAAUUAUUAAUUAAUGCCAUCUAAUGUCCAUUAAUAAAUGUUUCUAUGGUAGGGUGGUCACCUGUAAGUUCGCAUUUCAAUUUUCCCUGAGCUGCCUCUGCAUAAUCAUUGGUCCAUUCUUGUUGAUUUAAUGUCCUUUGGCGUACUAGCCACAUUUUAGCGAAAGAAAGUCCAGGUCGGCGUCCAUUGCCUAGUCUAUGAGGAUUACCAAUACAAUUAUCUUCAAACCAGUUGAAAGCUGAUUAAGAUUCUAAGGAAUUUCUCGAGACGACCUGUCGACUGCGUUAUUUAUUUCCUCAAAAGACGCAAAGGCCAAAGAAACGAUCAUCUCUACUUUCAGCGCCUAGUCCGCAAUAUUGUUGUGUAGACCUAAACACCCGUCCAUCUGUGCAUAUUUUGUAAAAGAUGAAAAAAAACAACAACCCUUAAUGGUUUCUCCUGGAAGGGACCCUACUGCCAUUGCUUUCACAUUCUCAUACGUGCCGGGGUGGACAUGGUACGGUAAUAACACCACUCAACCUCCGACUGCCUAACCGUCCUCGCGCGCCUACGUGAAAAUUUUACAGUUAUAGACCAACCCACCUUUGAUCGGGUAGUUGUUGCUUAACAGAGUGAGUGUAAUACCGCCAUCUGUCUGCGGCGUGACUGGAUGGACACCCUUAACGAUGAAGUAAACCGCCUCUUCUAAAAUGUAUCUUCGUAUUUACAUUGGCGUAAUACAGUAAAAAAAAAAAAAAGCCCACAACUGACCACGCCCUCUGACAUUACGUGCCCUGAAAAAAGUGAUGAAACGCGCGGCCUUCAGUAUGUCGAGAGAAUAUAAGACAUGUUGUUCACAGGGACUGGAUUUAGCUUAAAUGGCCAUCGGCGAAACGGCCCCUUCUGUGAAAUGACCCGACGGCGAAUCGUCACAGCCCCCCCCCCCCCCCCCCCCCCCCCAAGCACUGGUCACACCAACAGCUAUUGACACAUUUCAUCAUUACUGUUUACAGUCAUACCGGUGCGCACCUGUCCUCAAGAAAACAAACCCGGUGAUAAGACGAGAGAUCAACGUAGGUUGAGUAAUCAAUGUUCUUUUCUUUCCUGUCUGUGCUUGGGCUUGAGUUCUGUCGCGUCUUUCGAGAUCGGGACCCCAGGGGUUCGGGCGAAAGCAGUCUCGGAUUCCUGCUCCAAAGUCAGAUACCGCUUGAUUUCUAGGACUGUCAUUUCCGACACUUUCUAGUCAUUUAAAUGUUGUGGCUGGAUUCAUUGUCAAAAGUGUGUUCUUUCAUCUAAUAGGCAUGAAAGAUUCAGCUCUCAGAACGGGAGGUAAAGCUGCAUACAUGUUGCCUGGAGAAAAAAAAACACACUUUUUUUUUAAUAUUCGGUUCCUGUAUUUAAAAAGAAAUAAUUUUAUUAUUCGGAUUCAAGCGAAUGUUGGCGACAUUAAAUUUUUGAGCUUUGAGUUAAGAUUUGGUUUCAGGAAUAUUCUGUUAUAACACCGCACUCGCUGUUUUAAGGACCCGACUGUGGGAAGUGAGCAAAGGAUAGGAUUCGGAAACCAAUUGGCCUUCUAGUUCUAGCAGACGCAUUUUUCUUCAAAGCUUUUAUUUAUUGUUUGUUCAACUUUUUGUUUUUUCUUCUUCUCUGUGUUGUAAAUUUGUAAAUUUUAAGUGAAAAGAGCUUUUGACAUAUUUUGAAUUCAGCAACAGGACAAUUCAUUUAAAAUCCUACCCGUGAUAACACUAGCCUUACAUCCAUUCAUCUCCUAACACCCCACUUCUCCUAGCAUAUACUUAAAUCCCCCCCCCCCAAAACACCCUCACCUCCCCCUAGCACUCUUCUCUUAUCCGGCCUCUCCUCCUACCACCCAUCCUCUCAUCACAUCAUCCCUCUUCUCCCUACACCCCUCUUCUCCUAUCACCCCUCUUCUUCUCUUAGCAUUCUCCUGUCCUCCUAGCAACCCUCCUGCCAAUUCUCCACCUCCCAUCCUCCCACGUUUUACACACUUGUCUCGCGAUCGUUCAGUUGGAUCUCAUGGAGUAAACAGCCAUCUAAAAAUAUCAUAUUUUGUGCAGCCACGAGUUAUUUACGCCCAUGAGACAAACUCAAUUACUGCAUGAUCGCGGACACUAUGUCUUCUCGAGAAGCUUUAAACUCUCAAUUUCCAGAGAAAAGCAAAAGCGUAACGGUGCAAACUUUUACAAAAAAAUAUAAGAAAAUUUACUACUCACAUCUUUAAAUAAAGGGCUUUGGAGUUUGAAUGAAAGAAAACUUACAAAUUUAAAAAAAAAAAAAUAAUAAAAAAUUUUAAAAAAAACUUAAAAAAGAAAUUCUAACAAAGACGCGUUUAAACCCACUAAAUAGUGGGAAAUAAUUUAAAAUGCAUUGCGCAAUAUUUUUAUACGGUCUUAUUUUGUACUUUUUAGUCUUGGAAUGAGGUAAAAGAAAAAUUAAUAUACUAGAACAUGAUUUAAGAAGUGUCUAAAACUUAAAUGUAAUUUUUAAAAAAAAAAAAGGCACGGUAGGCUUUGAAAGUGAUAAUACAGUGUAAAGACCGACCGAAUUUUGGCUUCGGUUUCGGCGCCGAAAGUGGCCAUUUUAUCACUUUCGGCCAAGUUUCGGUUUUGGCCGAAACUGAAAAGUUAACUUUCGGCUUAAUUUCGGUUUCGGCCGAAAGAGAAAAGUUAACUUCGGUUUUUCUUCGGUUUCGGCCGAAAUUGACUCAGACUUUCGGCCAUCCGGCCGAAAGUGACUCAGGUUUUCGGUCAUUUAAUACUCAGCGAAAGCGAUAUUUAACAACAAACUAAGCGACAUUUAGGAACAAACUAAACGAUCUUUAAAAUCAACUAGGCGAUCUUUAAGAACAAUCUAAGCUAUCUUUAAUAACAAACUAAACGAUCUUAUAUAACAAACUAAACGAUUUUAAGACCGAACUAAAUAAUCUUUAAGAACAAAACAAAUAAUAUUUAAUAGUAAACUAAAUGAUUUAUAAGAAUAAACUAAGUGAUCUUUAACAGAAAACUAAAUCUUUGUUUAGGAACAAACUAAAAGAUCUUUAAGAACAAACGAAUCGAUCUUUAGGAACAAAAUUGAUUAUCUUUAAGAACAAACUAAGGGAUCUUUAUGAAAAAAAUAAGCAAUCUUUACAACAAACUAAGCGAUCUUUAACAACAAACUAAGCGAUAUUUAUUAGCAACUAAAAGAUCUUCAACAAAAAACUAAGCGAUCUUUAAGAACAAACUAAACGAUCUCUAACAACUAACUAAACGAUCUUUAAGAACAAACUUUACGAUCUUCAACAACAAACUAAGCGAUCCUUAAGAACAAACUAAACGAUCCUUAACAACAAACUAAACUAUCUUUAACAACAAACUAAGCGAUCGUUAUGAACAAACUAACGGAUCAAUAACAAACAACUAAACGAUCUUUAAAAACAAAUUAAUCGAUCUUUUAGAACCACAUUUUUUAGAGACCCUGUUUAAAAAAAUAAUAUUUUGCACAAAUUUCCCCCUCCUCCCCCCUCCCCCCCCACCAAUUUUUGCAAAAUUUUCUCUUAUCACAUACUAAUUUUUAAAAAAUUGUAAAGCAAUUUAAAUUACUUUUAUAUUAAAAUGGUAAAAUCCAAAGUAUUUAUUAGAUCAAGGGUCUCAAACUCAAAACAUGGGCAGGGGGGGGGGCACAGGAGGUAGUGUCUGAAUGAGAGUGGGCCGCAUCAAGUAAUCCACACAAAAAAGCGAUUACAACUGUUACAAUCUGCUCAAUCUUUAUAAAUAAAAAUAAAAUCAUUAAAGGUUCUCAAGAACUACUCACUGUUGCCAGAGACCUGGCAUACAAAAAUAUAUAGAAAAAUCAGAUUUAGACUAGUCGGUGAGAUUCGACUGAAACCGUCGCGAAGAGUCACGUUAUAGAUAUGAGAAUAGGGGAAACGGGCCGGCGCAUUGACACUAAACUUUUCUGUCAUGUAGCGGGCCGCAAAAUAUCGUCUUGCGGGUCACAAAUGGCUCGCGGGCCGUGAGUUUGAGACCCCUAUAUUAGAUGUUUAUUUAUCAAUAUUCACGAUUAUCUCAUUUUUUAUAAAAAGAAUGUAAAUAUUUAUACUUUCCCACAUCAUUUUCGAUGUAUGCAGAAUAUAUGCGGGAACGAAUUUCAAAUAAUCUUUAUGUUUCGGCUUCGGUUUCGGCCGAAAUUCAUUUUUAACUUUCGGCCUUUUUUCGGUUUCGGCUGAAAGCCCUUUUUAAACUUUCGAAAUUUUUUCGGUUUCUGCCGAAAGUCAUUUUAAAUUUUCGGCUUCGGCCGAAAUCAGAAAAUCACUUUCGGUCGGUCUCUAAUACAGUGCUACCUCGGUUUACGUCCUGAAUCCGUUCCAGAUCUUUGGACUUAUACCAAACAUGGCGUAUACCAAACGUAUUUUCCCCAUAAGAAAUAACGGGAAAAUGAUUAGUCCGUUCCCAUGAAAAAAGAUCAUAUUGGUAUUGGCAUAUUAUACAUUUAUUGGCGUGGUUGUAUAAAAUAAUUUAAACACUGCUUAAAACUAAAAUACAUAAAUAAAAUGAACUUGGGUGAAAUGAUGAAAAUUUAACCUCACUAACCUUGGUGAGAAGAGUCAAGUGCUUACUAAUAUGGUGCUGAGAAGGAGUAGAAGUUGUUUUGAAGGAGAGUCCACUUCCAAUAAAACUAUAGGAAUAUAACAUUCUAUUGUUUUUUCUUUUUUCUGUCUCUUUUCCCUAAUUUACCAUGGUUGAGGCUCACCAGGUUUGACCUUUACUUAAUAUCUGUCUAAAGAGCUUUGCUUUUACCUUCUCCUCAGGAUGUUUCGAAAAUGUGACAUUGUCUGGUCAUUCCAGACAAUGCUAUUACGACUUGUUUGAGCUUUGUUGGGGUGGUACUGCUCUGCAAAGCUUUCGACGUCCAUCCAUUUAGCAAAGAUUUCCUUGAUUACUGAAGCAGGAGCCUCCUCUAUCUCCUCCUGCUCAGAGCCUGAAGAGAGUGCACCCAUCCUAGUCUGGGGCUCAUUCUUCUCAAGUUCCUGAAGCUCCUCAGGGGUCAGCUCUUCCCUGAGACACAAACAAGUUCUAGCACGCACGCGGGUCGUAUUCCAAACGAAGGUUUUAUAUUAAAAAAAAGGGUUCUCGUCCAAACAGGACCUAUACCAAAUUGGACUUGUUCCAAAGCGAACGUAAACCGAGGUGCCACUGUAAUUUUUACGUAUAGUAAUAUACUGUGCUUAGUGAGUAAUAAUAUCGUGAAGGAGAAGAUAGUCUCGCGUGCCUUGGGACCUUGCAUAGCUGGGAACUGACAUUAGGUCAUACCGUCAUCAGAGGAGCCUUUGGGGCUAUGACGUCAGCUCUUCUUUUUUUUUUUUUUUUUUAAAGAGAUAUGGGAAAAAAAAAAAAACAGAAAAAUAGGAACGAAUGAUAUAUUAUAAUUAGCAAAAGCAUUUCGUUUUUUUCCCCAAAUAUUGAUAUUUUUUUUUUUUUUUGGGGUUUUUUUUUCUGUUUUUCUUUUUUUUUUUUUUUUUUUAAAGAGAUAUGAGAAAUACAACAAAACAGAACAAUAGGAACGAAUGAUAUAUUAUAAUUAGCAAAUGCAUUUCGUUUUUUCCCCCAAAUAUUGAUAUUUUUUUUCUUUUCUGUUUCAGGCCAACAAUGCCUAUAUACGAGACCAGUGGCUGCAUUCCAUACAGUGGAAAGUAAGUGUAUUAAUACUCAUUCUCUUUAUUCUAUUAUCUUCAGACACCUGUAACUUGUAUAUCUGUGGAUCUUAAAUCGUCCCCGUCCACCAGCGAAAGAAAAACAAACUGGGAAUGGGUUGACCGUGGUGGUGGUGGGAAGGGGGGGGGUUGGGGUUGGAGUAAAAAUUGUUUAUGAAUGGCAUCAUCAAGCACACUCCUCAAACGCCAUUUUUUUGUUUAAACCCGCAUCGUUUAAAAUUUGAGGACCCGCAGAUCUAUAUACUUGAGUUUCGUUGUAACAGAUUUGCUCAACCUGCGGCAGGUCAAGAAAAUAUCGACUAGAUCAGUGGUUAUCUAAGCGGCCGAUAUGCCUCCUAGGAGGCAUAUGGGAUAGCCCGGGAUAUGGGAUAGAAAGGGGGCUGAAAGGCUUGGGAGACGCCUGGGGUUUUAAAAGGGGGAGUAUUUUUUAUAAUUAUAUUUUUGAGAGAAAUUUUAAACACUGUUUUGGUUGGUUGUGUCAAAUAAGUGUCGAACAGCAUUUAAUAUAUUUUUUUUUCACACACAACUAUGAGAGAAAUUACUUUUGCUAGAACUCCCUAAUAGCGGCUCUUAAUACUGGAACACUUGUACUUUGGAAGGCGUUGUGGGAUGACAUCAUCUAAAACUUAGUAUGACGUGGACUUUACAAUAUGCUUUUAAUAGAAGCACCGGUGGCUUGCGUUCCUUCCAGUGACAUAAACAUUUUAAAUGGCUAAAUUAAGGAAGUCGUAAACCAUCGGUGAAGAACUCGUCUGUCAACUCCUAGCGAGAUUAUAGUUUGAUAGACCCAGAGCUGAGACUAUGGAAGAGUAGUUGUGUAGCAUAAACAAAAAUCGACAGAAUUUGCAUUACAACUGGAUGAGUUGACUUUCAAGGCAAUAUACAUUUGCUUAUCGUUUAUUCACGUAUUUUAACAUUAAGCUUGGACCGACCAAGACAACACAAAUAUAUUCUGAAAGACGGGAGGGAAAAAAAAAGAAAGGAGGGUGGCGUCAAUAUUUUGUGUUUUGGAACAAUACAGAUAAUAGCAUAAAGUUACAAUUAAUGAAAACGCCAUCAAUGACUGACUGCAAUUUCGGUAGGUCCUUAUCGUCAAAUGUCUUCAUUACUCUUUGUGGACUAUAUCGUCAACAUCUGGUUUCUAAAAACAACAACCCAGCGACCGUCAUAAGUCAAGGGAUGUACAUUUUUAAAACACAGACUCUCGAUGAUUGACUACUUCCGAUGCUCUGUGUUGAGAACGGUGCUAAUUGUUCUGCUUAAAUCUGACGCUAUUCGGCACAAAUGUUUAUCAUGGAGCCGACUCCAAAGAGGAAGACAUAGAAAAAGAUGGGACGAUAGCAUCAAAGAGUGGACGGGACUAAAAAUGGGCGAUGCUGUGCGAAGUGCAGAAGACAGAGGCGAAUGGAGGAGGAUAGUUCACAUGUCAUCUGUGGCGCCCCAACGGUCCAAGGACUAAGGUACAUGCUGAUGAUGACUCCAAAGACACACGGCAUUGCUAGUACAUCAGAAAUAUUGUAUAAAUUGAAUAAAAUAAUUGCAGGUGGAUGCGAUCAAUCUUAUUUAUACAAACCAAAUCUGCCUCCCUUACUUUCGAUUAAAAAUUAUCCACAUUCAAGCGCAAUAUUGGACGUCUCGAAUUAUAUACUGAUUUCCAAGCACGUCUGAGCUAGAUGUAAAGGAUGAUAUGCAAGAUGCUUGUGGGUAGUAAUUUGAGGGUCAAUUUUAUAUGCUACGUAAGAUAGUCUGGACGAUUUAGAAUUUGUCUUGAGUUUUGGCUACAGUUUGAAAUUGUUUACCCCUAGUCUGGCCGGUACUUGAUUAAAUGCUUCUUUUUGCCAUAGAAAUAAGAACAUAGUCGAUACAUUUUCAGAUAGAGACUUAAACCUGGCAUUGAUGGACUGCUAUUCCUUUACCAAGCCAAAGCUAUCAAUCGCAUCAAGAGUAAUGGAAAACGUUAGGUUUCUAAAAACCUUGCUCGAUAAUUAUUACCCCUUAAAAAGCUGAGCUUGAUGCAAAUAAUCAGCUUAUUAUUGAAUUAAUAAAAGAGUACCAUUCCAUUUGUAUUUUGAUUCGCUAUUCAAAUAUAUAUAUAUACACUUAAAAACUUCAUUGUGUUAUGAUCUGCUAUAGAGGGCCGUAUAAACUUUAUUUCUAAAAAUGCUUAUCAUGGGGUUAGACAGGGAGGUGCGUUCGGUGUGGGUUUAUGGUCCAAAGGUGGCGAUGGCUGAAAAAAAGCUUGAGAACCACUGGAAUAGAUCAACGUUUCUCAACACAUUUUUGUGUGUUGCUCCAGACCCACUUAACAUGUUAUUUUUUUAAGUGGUUACAUUUCCUGUAAAAAGUAUGAAGAAACUACACUUUUUAUUUAGAUACAAAUACUUUUUUCAAAAUUUUCGUGGCCCACAAAAAAUAAAAUGUGGCCCCCAUGAGGGCCAUAUGACCAACGUUGAGAACCGUUGACCUAGACUCAACCCUAAAAAUCCCUGUGAUGAGCGGUAUGAAAUAGUUCAAAACUUUCCACUCAAAAAAUAAUAAUUAAAUUCUGCACCUCAUUGACAUUACACUACACCAAGAUGAUCUUCAGGACUUACAAAGUAUUCUAAGGUUGGUCAUCAUCAGAUUCAAGGAUCAGCGAGAGCAUCUUAAAAUUCAGUUUGAAUUCCCUUUAAUCAUUUACGAGUUUAUUUCUACGUUGUAUUUAGUUUCGUGUAUGCAAACAACAACUUAAAAAAAAAUAAAAAAUUACACAUUGUAUACUUGAAAAGAGCAUUUCGUUCUCUGUUUCCUCCUGGUUUUGUUUUCCUCCAAGCUUUCAUUUUGGAGAGGAUGGAAAUGACUCGGGUUCCAAUGAUUACUUUGAUUAAUAUUUCAUGUCGACCAGUUUUUGAGUGGUUUGAAAAAGAAAAAGAAAAAAACUACGAGGCGUAAUCAAUUGGGGGAAAAAGCGCUGCAUAUAUAUUCUGCAGCAUCCUGCGCGAUAUCUCGCCACGAUGCUUCACGAACGGCUUAAAAACGUUAUAUCCAUUUACGUCACACAAAAAAUAUAUCCUAUCGUUUCGGUACCCGGAACUCAAGACUUACACGGAACACUGCCAUUUAUGACUUGACUAUGACUUUACUUUGAAAAGCAUUUUAGAUUUUCAUUAUUGAUCUGUCAAAUAAUACUAAACGUUGUCUUAAAUGUCUUAGCUGCAAAGUUAUUUAUUAAAUAAUGUAUGUAUAUUGAAAACAUUAUUUUUUUUUACAUGACAUCCGCUUCUUUUCUACUAUAUUUCAUCCAUGUUUCACUCGUACAUUCUUAUUUGAUCGUAUCACUUAAAAUUAUAUCAGACGAUUCUUCCCGGUUAGAUCCAAGGUUCGGUCAAUUUGAAUUUCGCAAUCCUCAGAUAGAAAAUUCAGUGAAAACAUCAACUUUUUUAAUGAAUACCAAUUAUUUUGCUAAAAGCUGUAAACCGAUGGUUUAUUCCCCCCCCCCCUCCCCUCUCCCGCGUUUUUCACAACGAUGAAAUAUCUGCUUAACAAAGGCACUUCUUAAAGGCAUCAUUUGUUUAUUUCUCGUAUCUCCAGAAUUGUACAUAUAAAAUUUUUAACAUUGAUCCAACUCCACCGACAUGUUACAAAGUGAUUCUUUCUUUCUGUUGUAUUCAAAUCGAAAUAUAAACUGUUUACAAUAAACGUUGUUGAAUUAAGCUAUGUAUUGGAAAAGUUUCAAAACCAUGUUAUUUCAAGGUAAAUUAACUUUUUUUUUUUUUUUUGUUAUUGUCAACUUUCAGCGACACAUUUUUAGAUCUGAAAGACUUCUGAAAAAUGCAAGACGACCGGAAAUCCUUGUCAAAGAAAUAAAGGUAAUUAUACUGUACCAUUUUCAUCGGUGAACUCCGUGUGCCGUUUUUUCGGUGAACUCUGUGUGUGUGUGUGUAUGUUCGAUAGGGUUCCCACAUUUUAUUUUUGAAAAAAAAAUAAAAAAAAUAUAUAAUUAAUAUAAAUAUUACCAUUCGAUUAGUUGCUGUUUCUACCCACAAAACUAUUUACCUUUGCCUAAUCCUUUGGAAAUAUUGGAUAAGUUGGUCAUCGUGCAACUGUAAUCAGUGUUCGCAGCGGAUUGGUCAUGUAUCUAAAGACGUUGAGCACUAAUGAAUAUGGGAUUGCCAGUCAUAAUACAAACAGAGCGACAGUCUGACUUCUCUUGGGCGGCCGAAAGCCUCAAUCACUUUCGGCCGAAACCAAAAAUCAACGGAAAGUUAACUUUUAUGUUUCGACCGAAACUACGCAGAAAGUGAUCAUACGGCAACUUUCGGCACCGAAAACGAAACUCGGUCGGCCCCAAACUACAAGUGAGUCAUGUCGUGGUUUAAUAGCACACGGCUUUCAGGGUCAUUUUAUCCCAACUAUCUUCGGACAGGCAACAAAGAAUCGAUCGAAGUCGAAGGAAUUUUCUUUGGUGGUUCAGAGAAGAUCAAGAAAUUGAAUUAAUUAUUUACAUUUAACUGUGGAUAUACAACUAAUAGGUAAAAUACACCGCAUUGAAUGCUUGCAUUUGUUGUUGUUUUUUUGUGUUUUUUUUUUCCAAGUGGGACAAAAUGAGGGCCAUGAAGGGCCCUGCAAAUCAAAAUCUUUGUUUAUAAAUGUGAUACGGAUAAAUCAUGUAUUAUUAGGAAUUAAGACAUUUAUCCCGAUUUUUUUUUCUAUUUGGAUUUAUCAUUAUACUUUUUAACAUAAGAGCAAGUACACACAUUUGAUGCAGUGGUAGGGAGACACACUUCUUAGAUUGCUGUGUUGAUUGGUUCCCGAAAAAGCUGUACAAUGGUUCCAAAUACGAUAAUGUGUUGUCAUCCCUGGUCCAGGAUUCUUUACGGGCUGCAGGGCAGCUGUUAUUUGUCGGGCAAGAUUGCAGCCAGCUGUGUAUGUGUGUUAACAUGUUUUGCGCCAAUUGUUCUGAUAUCAUUUUAUUGCAUUUCAACCCAAGCGGAAUCUCUGGUUUUGGUCUGCCUUCAUCAACCAGGUAAUAAACCUUAUCUCGACUGUUCCACGUUGAUGUGGCCAUAUUGAGCAAGCGGAAGUUAGCCACUGACGCAGCUCAGGGGGGAGUGAACAUUUCCUUGCAGAUAUUAAGCAACGGGAUUUUCUGUUCAGAGCUAUCGAACCUCCCUAACUACUAUCCAAAAAGAAAAAAAAAAAAAAAAAAAAAACCCCCCUCUUUCAGCCCACCUUAACAGCUAGCAGUAUUCCGACACCAUCAGCCCUCCUUAACAGCUAGCAGUAUUCCGACACUUUCAGCCCACCUUAACAGCUAGCAGUAUUCCGACACCAUCAGCCCUCCUUAACAGCUAGCAGUAUUCCGACACCCUCAGCCCUCCUUAACAGCUAGCAGUAUUCCGACACCAUCAGCCCACAUUAACUACUAGCAGUACUCCGACACCCUCAGCCCUCCUUUACUAUUACUAGUAGAAGUAAUCUAACAAAAUCUGCCUUCUCCGAAAAUUAACAGUAAUCUAACAACAUCAGCCCUCCCUUGUUACUAACAGCAAUCCAACAACAUCAGCCCUCUCAUACAAUUAACAGAAUUCCAACAACAUCACCCCCUCUUUAAGUUCCUUUAUCACAAGGGGAUGAAUGACAUGUUGAACAAGCCUUAAUCACGCGGUGCCUUUCAAUAUUUUUAUCUUUUCAAUCCUCGAUUUACAUAUUCAAAAUAUAUAUAAUAUAAGGGUGAAAUUUCGAAGGAAGGCAAUAAUUAAAACUGUAGGCAGUGUUAAUUUGCAGUAUUUUAAAAGCAGAAAGAAAAUCUCUUAUAUACUUUGCUUCUGGUGUGGCUGCUUUAUCAGCACAAAUGGCGCCCCCCCCCCCUUCAACAUUUUUAUAUUAAUAAUACCGAGUGGGGUGGGGGGGGGGGGGAAUGCUGUCAAGCAGUGAGCGUUAUACGUGAUGGUUGAACUCAGAUAAGAAGAUUGAAUUUUUUCGGAGGCGACAAUUUUAUUAAUUAAUAAAGAGUCACGCGUAUGGUGUAGGGUGGUGUGGCUGCUUUAUCAGCACAAAUGGCGCCCCCCCCCCCUUCAACAUUUUUAUAUUAAUAAUACCGAGUGGGGUGGGGGGGGGGGAGAAUGCUGUCAAGCAGUGAGCGUCAUACGUGAUGGUUGAACUCAGAUAAGAAGAUUGAAUUUUGUCGGAGGCGACAAUUAUAUUAAUUAAUAAAGAGUCACGCGUAUGGUGUAGGGCUGUCUUUAGCCCUAGCGUUUAAAGACCAGAAGGUAAGAAGCGGGAGUGUGUAUAGGACUAUAGUUUAAAAGCUGACAGGUAGAGCGUAGGACCUAACAUUUGGACGUCUGGUUGGCUCAGUUUGUAUGGACGACCUUCUGUAAAUGCGAAUUUCGUGGUCUCAUCCAUAUUCUGAUAGGUUAAAAACGAAAAUUAAAAUAAUAAAUAUAGUUCACUACUGCUUAAUUAGAAACGCAUAUGCAAAAUUAAAAAAAAGAAAAAUAAUAAUAAUAGUUAUAAUAGCUUUUGCCAUGAAUUUAUAAAAAAUAAAAUAUUUUUAUCACUGCCAAAAAAAAUAAUGCAAAGCCGCAUAAUUCAUAAGGACUUUUUUUUUUUUUAAAUACCGCUCUAGAUUCGCUGGAAUCUGUACACAUUUAUAGUAUACUUAUACACUAAUGGUUAAUUAAGUCAGAGCGGGUAACCUUACAGAAAGGUUUGUAAUGGUGCAAUGUGGGAUCUUUUACACGCUCCUUUAGUCGGCGACAAGAAAAACAACGGACCGUGGACUCCAGGAGAAGACUGUCUAGGACUACGGCCUGCAUCUUUCAGAUCUCUGCAUCAAUUUUUUUUUAACUCAGUAACCAGCUCUUGACGCUGUUUGCGUCUCCCCCUUAUCUCGAGACCAAAAUAUGGACAGGAACUCCAUCAAAAACAUGCAAUUGCUGUUCAUAAAGCUUAUUUUUUAUUUUUAAAUAUGGGAUAUUUUAUUUGGGGGUGGUGGGGGGAGGAGGCCAAGGGGCGUAGCGCCCUGUCUUACUCUGGAGCAAGCGCGUUGGUGGAUUCAAAAGUUUAAGAUGGGGUAGAAGCACCAAGCCAUAUGACUCACCAUGAUGAUUUUAACCAAAAAAAAAAAAAAAGCAACGGUGGAGCUGCCAUCGUAAACGGAUGCAUCGCUUCUGGGGGGGGGGGGGGAGGCCAAGGGGAGUAGCCCCCUGUCUUACUCUGGAGAAAGCGCGUUGGUGGAUUCAAAAGUUUAAGAUGGGGUAGAAGCACCAAGCCAUAUGACCCACCAUGAUGAUUUUAACCAAAAAAAAAAAAAAAAAGCAACGGUGGAGCUGCCAUCGUAAACGGAUGCAUCGCUUCGUCUAACUCGUCGUUAAUGGAGUGCAUUGACCCCUCGAAGGUGGAGUGUAAAAAUCUAGGCUUGUGGGAACCACGGUCUGUUUGGGUUUACUAAGUGACUUAAGUUAGACAUAGUUAUUUGAAUGGGCAGGGAUUGAAUACAACGUGGUUGAUCAACCACGUAUUGGUAUGUGACGUGAUUAUAAUGCACUUGGAAUGAUCAUUUACCAGCUACAUUGGAAUGUUACAGAGAUUCUGCCCACCAUUUAUUAAUUUUCUGACCGAAAACAGUUACGCAUGUCCCCUUCCGUGUUUACAAACUGUUAUGGAAUAUAUAAACCCCCCACCACCACAAAAAACAAAAACCAAACAAAAUUGCGCUUGCAAACACCACCCACCCCCCCCCCACCCCCCGCUCUUUUUAACUCCCGUUGGAACCAUUGAUUCGCAUUUACCGAGGAACCGCCUCUUUGUCCAGCCUACUCUUAUCACGGCUCAUGUUGACCUUGUAAUGUACACCCUGCAGCACCCCACCCCCUUCCGAACUCCUCCCUCCUCCCCCCACACACACACUCACACGUUGACCCCUCCCACAGAUCACACACACACCCAAAGGCACUGCUUUGAAGGCAAGCGAGUCAACACACAAUCCGCUGGCAGAGUUUCGUCACUGGUUUACUCGUGGUUUUGGACCGUUUAAAACAAAUAAAGGUAUCGAUCAAUGGCCACCGACAGGGGCGGCCCCAGAUUUGAACGUUACACUUGGCCACCAAAACAGGCCAGGUGAACGGCGUGAUCUGUCGUGCUCUAUUCAUUUCGGUGUCCGUGCCAGCUGCGGUUUUACAUGGUCUGUUUCCACGGAAGACGACCGAGGCGCAUACGUUCUUGUGCUGCCCUCACUCCCUCUCCUUUUCCUCAUCCCCAGCACCUCUCCUCCUCAAUCCCCUCUUCUCCCAACACCCUGAUCCCGACCCUCACUGGUUCACACGUGAAGACAAGUGAUUUCUUCAAAUGCUGGAGGAAGGAGGAAAUAAGGUUCCUAAUGGCUGGCUGAAGUCUUGAGGCGUCCGUCCUGUUGUGUAGGAUAUUUUAAACAAGAUACUUUGUUUGCUCGAGUUUUAAGGUCACGAUUGGAAUGUUAAAAACCCGCCCCAUCCUGAGAUCGAUAACUGAACGUUUGCUUUCAAAUCAUUUAGUUUAUCAUCAUGUUCAACUUGAAAGCAAAGCCAUAGGAGUCUUUUUUUUAAUAGAAACUCUCAUCCCAACGACUUUUUUAAAAAACCUUUUUUUAAAAUUAGAAUCUCCUCUCUCCCUGACAUCCCUUGUAAAUCUAUUUUCAAGUACAAUAGAAAAUAGCUCCUUAUUGACGUCAUCACAGCGUCGAAGGCCUUAACCGGAUUUCAUAGUUUAUCCUGAUAAGUCCUUGCAUUAUUCACAAUUCAAGUGGUGCUUACCACACCAUUGACUUAAAAUCGGAGUGGACAUUUCAAUGCAUAUCGAUAAUCCGUCAAGUUGUGUUACUCAUUUUUAAAAAAAAUCUCGGCCACGUAUAUAUCACAUCAGCCUUCACGCUCAGUGUCUGAAGUUUUUAUUAGUGUUGCUAUUACUGUUGAAUUUCGAAGAACAGAAAUCAUUUCACUUGUAUGCAAACGUUAUAGUUGGGAGUCUUCCGUUGCUGCUAUAUGUAGAUAUCUGUUUACGUCUAUAGGAUUCAAGAUUUAGAAAUUUAAUAAAAAUCAGUUGAUAAUUUAUCAAAAUGAUCUAUGUUGCUCCCUCCCAUUUUCUCGUCAACUAAUCUUCUUCGUCUCAUCCUUUCUCCCUCUUGAUUUCUCCUCUCACACCCUUAUUUUCUUCUCUCUCCCUCCUGGUCUCGUCAUCUCUCCCUCCUUGUCUCCUCCUAUCUCCCGCGUUGUCUAGCUCCCUACUUGUCUCGUCCUCUCUCCCUACUUGUCUCGUCCUCUCUCCCUACUUGUGUCGUCCUCUCUCCUUACUUGUCUCGUCCUCUCUCCCUACUUGUCUCGUCUUCUCUCCGUGCUUGUCUCGUCCUCUCUUUCUACUUGUCUCGUCCUCUCUCCCUACUUGUCUCGUCUACUCUCCCUACUUGUCGCUUAAUAUUUCCCACCUUGUCUCCUUCUCUAUAAAAUUCUAUCUCUCCUCUUGUCCCCUCUCUCCUCUCUUCUCCUUUGUCUCCCCAUUUCUUCCCAUAGACUCUCUCUCUCUCACUUGCCUCCUCUCUCCCUCCUUGUCUCCUCUUUCCUUCCUUGUCUUCUCUCUCCCUCCUUGUCUCCUCCUCUCCCUUAUUGUCUCCGCUCUCCCUCCUUGUCUCCUCUCUCCCUUAUUGUCUCCGCUCUCCCUCCUUGUCUCCCCUCUCCCUCCUUGUCUCUCUCUUUCUCUUCCUCCUUGUUUCCUCUCUCCCUCCUUGUCUCCCCUCUCCCUCCUUGUCUCCCCUCUCCCUCCUUGUCUCCUACCUCCUCCGUAGCUCCUCCUUGUCUCCUACCUCAGCCUACUGGUCUCCACACAUGUAUUCACUCUCAAGUCUCCCUCCACAGAGCCUGAUCGAUGUGUCAUUAAUCACGCCCAUACAAGAUUCGUCAGUCUUCAGGUAUCCUCUUGACCUGGUCUCGGGCCUCAUACAACAGGUAACACAGUGACACUCGUUGUGUGUAUGUGGUGGCAUGCGUGAUUGCACUGCAUGUGCAGAGUUGAAAGUCUCGCGAAGUAUAAUUGAUGCAGUCUCAGUUAGAGAUUGUUGUUUAAGGAUGUCUCAAAUUAAACACCCCGGCUCUUGGCAAUACAGAAAACACGACUUGUGGUUGGUUGGUUUUCUCUCUGUGUGUGUGGGGGGGGGGGCGUCUAACUUGUAAAAUUAGUGUAUUUCAUUUGUUCCAAUGCAAGUCAUGAUUGUUGUUUAAGGAUGUCUCAAAUUAAACACCCCGGCUCUUGGCAAUACAGAAAACACGACUUGUGGUUGGUUGGUUUUCUCUCUGUGUGUGUGGGGGGGGGGGCGUUACUGGGGCAUGGGGGGUUAUGGGUGGUGGCGUGGUAAAUAUUUCUGCAGCAUUCAAUAUACAAACUCGAUCCAAGCUUUCUGCAGGUCAUUUAAAGGGUAUAAGUAUUAAGCCAUUUAUUUUAGAAAUUACAAUUAGCUAUAGGAAAUAACUUCUUCACGACUCGAUUAUUAUUAGUAAUGCAAUAGUAAGGCUUGGUGCAGCGAUACCAGUUCAUCGAUUUCUCGUUUGAAUUAACUUGGCAGGACACUGAACGUGCUUGUUCAGAUAUCUGAAAAAAAAGCAGCAGCAGGACGAUUAAAAAACAUUUUGAGAGCGAAAUGUCUUUUCAAGAAACUGUCAAGCACCAUGUUUCUCGGAGUCAAAACCGAUUUGCAGCCAACUGGCCGAGCCGCGAUUUGCCGACCACUGGCACCGAGUAAUGUUACUGCCAGGAAACAUCAUGACAUAUUAAUCUAUGUAAAACAGUACUCAAACAGCCAGAAUUCUAUUAGCAUGAGUGCUUCAGCGAUUAUAUUCCAGAUUUAGCAAUUAACAAGGAAAUGUAUACCAUGCGCUAGUUAUCACUGUUUAAUUUAGAAGCCUCGCAAAACACACUAAACAUUGUGUGUUUUGUGUGUGUGUGUUUUUUUUUUUAUAAUCAUGAGGUGUCUGAAGAUAUAUUCUUUUCGGCCAUGCGAAUAUGUGCCUUUUUAAAAUUUCAAUCCAUCAGGGAGGUUACUGUGCUCUUAGAAAUGAUCUAUUUUUUAUUCCCCCCCCCCCCCAUGCGUCUGCCGUCUCUGUUCCGAAAAUAACUGAUUAUUAAUUAAAUAAUUAAACAAUCCCGUUACCAGACGAGGCUUCGCCAAAUAUAUAUAUAUAUAAUUUUUUUAAAAACAACACUAAAUUCAAUUUCACCAUAUAUUCUGUGUUAAAUAUAUCUUCUAAGAAGAAUGUUUUCAAAAACUGCCAGUUUCAAUACCAAUGUAUAGUGCUGUUACACAAAAUGAAUUUCUUAAAACAGCUUAUACGAAGUAUUGAUUUAUUUGAUUUUUAAAAAAAAAAUAAUAAACAGCUCAUCUUUCAGAUUGAAUGUUCAGAUGUAAUACACCGACGAGCUGACGUGUCACCUGGCUCCGUAACAUGAAUUACAAAUAUGUCUUGUUUUCAUGAAUACAAUUUAGAAAUUUAAAAAAAAAUUAAACUCCUGUUUGAACGAUAUUGACCAAACUCUGGCGAUGAAUAAGCAAUAUGUCUGCAUGUCAUCUCCAACUUAAAGUCAAGCCACAUGUUCUCUCGUCUGAAAAUAAUCAAGGUCAUUUGUAGCGUCAGAGUGGACACGUUGAACUUUUACAUGCGUCUAAUGCACGUGUGUAAAAAUAAUGUCUGCUUAAACACAGCGCCCGACUAAGAAGGCCUAAGCGUGUGUUUUUGUUUUUUUGUUAACGGUCGCUUGUAACUGUAUUUGAAAUAUAGAUGUGCGUUCAAACCGUUUUCAGUCCGUGCUUGUCACCAUUCACCAGCGCUCCAAGUGAUAAUCCCAGCUCGCCGUCCCUCAAACCUAUCGAACCUUUUAGCGCCCUGAUUGGUCAUAGCGCCGCGCCCUCAGGUACCGUCCGUCCCCCUUUGAGAACCAACGAGGUACCAUAAAAGGGCAUUAUGCAUUGGCAGUAAGGUAUCACACAAGGAAAUUCUGCCCAACAUUUGAAGAUCCUCUAUACCUUUAAGUAGUUUCAAUAAUGACAGUGAGGGGCGUGGGGGGGGGGGGCUAUAUUUUGCUUGCCUUAUCUCCUGUAUCUGCCGCUGACCCAGCUCCCCCCCCCCCCCCCCCCCCACUCCCCCCCUCCCCCCCCCCUGCCCCCNGCCCAACAUUUGAAGAUCCUCUUUACCUUUAAGUAGUUUCAAUAAUGACCGGGGGGGGCGUGGGGGGGGGGGGCUAUAUUUUGCUUGCCUUAUCUCCUGUAUCUGCCGCUGACCCAGCUCCCCCCCUCCCCCCCUCCCCACUCACUCUCUCGCCCCGCAUUGGCCCCGCAAAGCACAAAACACAAACCCAAACCUGGGACAAAUAAGAAAAAAUUAAAAACAACUGUCGACCGAGGAUGAAAUGGAUAGAUCUAAGCGACGGGAAAAAUCGAUCGAAAGAGAUUCCCCCAGCAGUCCGUUAUUGUGUCGGUGAUCCACCCCUUAAAAGUCCACUGGUGACAAGUGGACAGACACCGCCCGCAUGCUUAACACCAGCGCCAAGUUUAGACCCGGUCCCGCCGCCGGUUAGUUAAGAGGGCUUGUUGUUUGGCCAGUGUUUGCUCAGUCAGCGCCACUGUUAGCCACCAUGGAGUUAGUAAGUUGGAGUCUUUGUUUGUGUUUACUUUUGCUUCUUGAAAUGGCAGCAUAGGUGGUGCUGCUUUUUGUGUUGUUUUUUUUGUUUAUUCUUCCUUGCAUGUCUAGAUAAUUUGAUAGUUGUGUUUUUGACGAAAAUUUAUGUUUUGGACUAAGGCAUGACUCUAUGUCCUGUAUGAAGGAAGUUAACUUUUUUUUCAUAUAAAUCAAAAUACAGCAACUGAAAUUAAACACUUACAGUUAAUCAGUUUGUCUGUUACUCAUUCUAUCUUGAUGAAGCAGGUUCCCCCACCCCCACCCCUUUUAUUUUGUUGUACGUCACUUCUUAACACAUUUAAACAAAAAAAAUCACAUACAUUAUUUUAAUUGUAAGAAAACAUUAACUUAACAGAAGAUAUUUUUCAAUAAUUUCUAGAAUUGAAUAAAACAAUAAAUUGAUGAGCAUUUUAAACGAGAACAAAAGUCUCGUUUUUUUUUUUUUUUUUUUUUUUUGUAAAAAAAAAGGGGGGGGGGGCGUGAAGGACUGCCCUUGUUGACACACUGGUUUAUCCACUGGAUACAAGUGCAUUAUAUUCACUUGUUUCGCAAUAUUCACUUGUUCACGGUGUUCAUUUGUUCACGGUGUUUAAUUGUACGUGGUAACCAUUGAACAAACAAACAAACAAAAAAGCCGUGUAGCCAUUUAUGGUAUUCACUUGUUCACGGUAGCCAUUGAAGAAACGAAAGUCGUGUAGCCAUGCACGGUACUCACUUGUACACGGUAGCCAAUGAGCGAACACAGGCCGUGUAGCCAUGUACGGCACUCACUUGUACACGGUAGCCAAUGAGCAAACGCACGCCGUGUAGCCAUGCAGGCCGUUUUGAGUUAUCUUAUCGGUGGAAAAGGUCAGACUAAUUCGGAGAUUGCGAUCUAUGGUGUAGGGUCAGAUUUAGCGCGCAAUCGACCGACACUGACGGGGGCCAAGUCUUGGGCCGAUGGUACCGUCUGUUUGUCAAACAUUGAUACGGUUAUCCCCCUUUGCGGUCAAACGUCGUCGUCGUCGUCCGCCCCCCCCCCCCCCCAAAAAAGGUACAGAUUGUAUAGGCCAAGUCUGCUUCCCAAGUUAUGCUUCUGACCUUUGAUAGGUGUCUUUAAACUUAAGUCGCUUUAUGACUGCGUUAUUUGCCUUGGAACACAUGUAGAUGGACACAUGAAUCACCCUGGGGUACAACCCAUAAUGAGGCACCCUGCCGUCUCCCUCAUAAGCUUGGUUUCUUAGAAUGAAGAGCACGCAAAGAUGGAUGACAGCGCGAUUUGCCCUGUAAUAACCGUCUCAGUUUGUAAUCGGGUCUGAUAACUAGCAAUUUAUCUUUAAAUUGUGGAGGCGGAUUUGUCGUAGUUGUAUGGACCACAAAUUCGGAUACUCUAAACACCGCUGACUGUCUAAUAAACUAGCUUUAUUUUGACGUUCCCCCCUCGUACCCUUUGGUUUAGAAGCGUUCAACCAGAGCGGCGGAGCAUACGGUGGCUUAUAAUGAAUAAGGAUGAAAUUAACAGAUUUUAAAGAAAAACUGCUCCUUUUUAGUCUGUUUGAGGGUUGAAGCAGGAGUCCUGGGGUACAACGCGGACUCAAAAAUGAAAAUCCACUUAUAGCUCAGACCUGACUCCAGACCUUCUUUUGCACUGUUUCUUGUGUUUUCUUUGACUUCGGAGCUACUCUUGCAGUGUGCCUUGUGUUUGAGAGUCUCAGACCAUCUCUAGCAAUCAUUUAUUAAUUUUAGAUUAAACCAGAUUUUAAAAUGUGUCUAUGAGAGGAUUUCUUAUCCUUUUUUGCAGCACGGCACCCCAGUUGAUUUUUACCCCACUCUAUGUCGAUUUCAAUACACAUUUCCCCACGCAAAAAAAUAAAAUGCUAAUAAACCAGACUUUGUUGGUCUUUUCACAGCAUCCAGCACCCCCAGGGGUGCGCGAACCCUUGGUUAGAACCCCUGGUCUAGGAUAUGACCUCUCAACAGAUGCAGCAGUGCGCCUGCCCCUGCUAAUCCCCCACCCCACUACUUACUGAAUAUGUUACAACAAAAAGUCUUUUUGUUCAUCAUUCGGUCUCAACCAGACUCUUUGUUUUCUUACUAUUGAAUUCGUGUGUAAUUUGUCUAAGUGGAAACUUUGAACGUGAUAGAACCACUACCGCUUUGCGCCUCGGUUUAAUCGCAUGUGUUCAAACCAACCCAACCCCAUUUCAGAAUAAGGCACGUUGUCUUCGUCUGUCUCACCUUUAGGCUAAAGCGAAUUUCAUGUACCUCAUUAGAACUUUUAUGUGUGGAAAUAAUGAGCUUGCACUUUUAGAAUGUCUGGAGCUAUUGAGGCCCAGCCCGCACAGUAGGGAAUAUUCUCCAGUUAAAUCAAGCCGUUAAAGAGAGCGUGGUUUCGUAACAAGUAUUCAGGAUUUUGCACGGUGAAACUUGCAUUCUCUUCUUGUUUAAUCUUGUAUAUAGUUCUCAAAUAAACAAGUUCUAGAUCAGCCCCCAACGAAAUGUUAAGGCUUUUCUGCAUGCAUUGGCGGAUUCGGGUGGGAAAGCAUGAAAGGGGGGAGGGUGGGGGCGAGACGGGAGACACUCCUCUUUCCAUUUUUUUUUAAAAAGAUGAAGACUAUGCACUUUUCAUGCACACGACAUUGUCGACCAUUCAGACUGAUGACAGCACUUAGAUUUAAUCAGCGUUUUCCGUGUUCAAGCCGCUGGUGAGCAGUUUGGGUGACACGGCUUUAUUAGAAAUGUUGAUAUACACCUGGCAGAUCAUGAGAUCUUUUUCAACACUGUUAUCAUAAGGGUUGCAUUAUUUAAACAAAAAAAACUUGUUUAUUCACAGAAACCCCCAAUCAAUUGGUUGUAAAUAUGUCGCCACAUGAAAACUUAAAAUACUGAAGUCGGGUUGAGAUCAAUAAAUCAAGUCGCGCGCAUCCACCGCGGCGUCUCUCAGAAUUUGAGAUUCUGAAGAUGUUAUUAUAUGUCCAAUAGCUCUGUGCAUUGUCCUCAUAGUUUUUGGACCAACGGCCUGUUUGCGAACGAUGAGCUUCAAAAGGCCGGCCACAGCUUGAUGUAGCCAAAGACACAAAGCCCCUUUGCUUUAUGAGACAUGGAUACAGGGUGAUAUUUUAUAAUAGAAUUUGGAAAUAUUAGCUUGAAAGGUUGAUUCAUAUUGUAUUUAUUUGUAAUCAGAUUACUGUUGCAUAGUUUUAAAGUUAAAAGUUGUAAUACUUUUAAUUUAUUUUGGCGCACAUUAUUUCACGGAUUAUAGGUUAAGAUCACUGGCUCUAGCUACUGUACCGGAGAUAAAGUGUUAUAUAACCAAUCAGCACAUCUUUAAACCUGGGCUGAGCUUUGGCUGUUUCAGGGCUGUUUGCGCAGGCCCUGCCACUGCAAGGGAACUCUGAUUUUUAAGGGGCGAAAAUUUAUGAUGAGGAAAAAAUGUUCAACUUUUGAAUGUCAGGGUCAUAAGACCGAAAAAUCGCUGGGGUGCCUCCAAAAAUCUCGCGACAACUCUGGUCUGGUUAAACUAAUAAUUCUUGGUAUUUCAAAGAACUGAAUGUCACUGUCAUGUUCUUCAAUACAUCCGGAAACAACACGUGUCAUGACUUUCUCUGUAGUUGGUGAUUCCGUUUUCAUGUUGAAACAAAGCUGAAAAACCAUCUGUUGCAUUUUCUGCUGUUCACCGUUACCAUGAGCUUAUGUUACCAUGAGCUUACGUUACCAUGAGCUUACGUUACCAUGAGCUUACGUUACCAUGAGCUUACCGCCUCUGCAGUGUACAUACAAGUAUGAAUCAUUGUUCUAUUAUUUUUUUUCAGAAUGACGAAUUUUUAGGGAAAGAGUUCCAGGAGAGUAUUAUUGUGGCCUUGACCCCAUUAUUGGAGAAAAAUCACCCCACCCAAGAAAUUUGUGAUUUCUUUAGCAAGGUUAGUGUGAGGAGUACCUGAAAUAAUUGAGGUACUUUUAUGACUGAUUUAUAACUAAUUUCUUUUGUCUGUAGAACACUCACUAUCAAUGAGUUUCUCAUAUUAGAGUAAGUCAUAAAUCAUUGGUUCCGAAUUUAGUUGCAGGCUAAUUAAAUGUUUUUAAAAUAAUUUUUUGCGGCCAGAGUAUUGAAACAUAUUAUCUUGGCAGUUUCAUUUCAUUAUUUGUUGUCAUGAUUUUAAGUUAUCAUCCACUUAAAGUGUUAUUUGUAUUUUCUGCAUUAAUAUUCCAUGGCUUAAAUAAGAUAUUCAAUGUCUUUAAAUGUCGAAGGAAGCAAAUUUUCGUACAGCUCGAGUGUUCAUAAGGGAAGGCUGAAGGAUAGUCUAUCAUCAAUUAUUUGUACUAAGCAAGCAUGGUCAGUUUCUGUAAUAGUUUGUGUAGAAAAGACUUUGAUGCAGUACAUUGUUUUUACUUUGUCCUCAGCACUGCAAGAACAGUCCCAGAUCAACUCUAGUGAUAGAGCUGUUUACACCAGUGGUCCAUCGGAUACUCAAACAUAAUAUAGUAAGUAGUAGAGAUGGGAGUCUAAAUCAAUGGGUACCGACCGAACAAACCUAUCACACACUUAUUAAAACCGAAAAUAUCUUAUGAAUGUUGUACAUCACUUCUUCCGCCAGAAAUGCUUAUAUUUUAAUUAUACUAGGAAAAAUUGCUAGGAACUGUCAGCCAGUAAUAUAAAGCAAGGGGAUGAAUACUGUAGAAAGUUGAACGAGAUAUGAGAAUAAUUAAUUGUGUAUAAAUCUAAUACACAUUGCUUAAGAGACGUCUCAGUGAGCAUUGUAGGUUUAGAGGAUUGAUAGGCCAUUUGAAUCAACCUUACAAUAAGCAUAAAACAUUAAACCCAAUAAAAUGUAUGAUUCCCUGUUGGUUUUUUUCCUUAGAUUUUUGUGACUCAUACGUUUAUUUAUAGUUAAUUAAAUCCUGUUGUAAUAUGAUAUCUAAAGAAAAUUGUCUUAUUUUUUAGUACCUUUCAAUAUAAAUGAUUAUGUUAAUAAAAAAUGUUAUACAUUUUUUUUUUUUUAAAUGUAUAUAAAAAUUGCUAUAAUUACUGCUUUAGUUGUUACUGAGCUAAACCCAAGCUUUAGUUGUUACUGAACUGAACCCAAACCAAAGUUGUUAACAUAUGAAACCUAAACUUCUAAAAGAGGUUUUGAUUCCAUUCUCUUGUAAGUAGUCCAUAAUGACAGACUUCAACCCAAUGAUACAUAUGCUUAUCACAUUGAUUUCAGUAGGGAUGAUUGGCAAUUAAAACAGCCAGUCCACUAGGGACAUUUGAUAUUUAAUAAAGUCAUUACACUAGGGAAUUUUGGUAUUUAAAUAAAAGUAAUUAAGUGAGGUUUCAAAAAUCUAUGGAAAAAAAACAAGUUAAACUCUAUGGCUUCAAGCUUACAUCAGUUUUUAAAAAAACAAGGAUCGGAAUUCAAAUUAAAUGCAAUAUGUUAGUAUUGAAUGAAAAGAAAGACGCCGAACACACGCGUACAGAGUAAAGUAAGAAGUAGUCAGCCUUGUUUUAUCUUGUAUUUUGUCUUAUUUGGUCAAUGCUAUUUUGAAGUAAGAUGGCACCAGUGAUGUGAUCAUCUAAUUUUUUUUUAAUAUUGAUAUUAAUUUUUGGUUGCAAUUAUUUUUUUUUCUGCUGCACAGCAGACAAUAUUUUUAAAUAUUCAAUUAUGUGUGUGAACGAAUUUUAGUGAUUAUAAGUUUAGCGUAUGGGAAGAUUUAAAAAAAAAAGGUUGAGCGCUAUGUUCUAGCUCAAGACUUCUUUUAACUACUUGUCUGAUUUUGUGUUUUUUUGUUUAAUGAGAGAUACAUUUUUCAAUUGCCUUUUUGUUACUAAUUUUUGUAUGGGCCCAUCUGGAAUAUUUUUUAUUACAUUGCCCAUGCAUGCAACUACUAUUGACAUGUCAGCCAUGUAUCGUCCAAUAUAACAGAGAAGGGAUCUAAAUAAAUUGCUGACUUGAAGAUUCAAGAAAUACCUUACGUUAAAAUAAAAGAUUAUAACAGUGAAAAGAUUGGGGGGGGGGAUCUCUCAGCUUUAGGGGUAAUAUAUGGGGAACUGCAUUCAAGCCGUGUGAAAUAAAUAAAAUACUGUAGCAAGGUAAUUUAUGUAUGGGCUUGUAAAAAAGGCGGAGCAAUUAAAAAGACGUUUCAGCCUUCUUCAGCAGACAAUACAAAACAUAAAAUAAAUUAUUUGAAAUUAAAAAACUGUGUUCCCAGACCACAAUGUAGCUCUCUCUUUCUCUGUAUGGCAAAUAAACUAUAAAAACAGAAGUUAAUUUGUUCUAAACCAAAAUGUGCCUCUCACAUAAUUCAAGGUAAGAGAAUGUAAGUGUUAUUAAUGUAAAAUCAAUAAUUUAAAUUACAAAAAAUAAAAAAAAUAAAAAAAAAUAAAGGAGAUAAUAGAAAUGGAGAGCAAUUUGAGGACCACUAGUAAGAGAGUAUUUUAUGGAGUCCAUUUGGUGAUAUGAUGCCGAAAAUCAUAAUUAAAUUUUGUUCAUUCUUCACUCUCGCUGGUGUAUCUGAGCAAGUAAUUAGAGCAAAGAUGGAGACAUCUGAUGUGACCCUAUGAUGUGAUCAUAUGCAUUUGAAGUAUGCCUAUAUCAGAACUUAUAAAAUUUAUGACAUUUAUUUUUUCAAGGUGCAAAAAGAAAGAAAAAAACGCCAUAAAUUUUAGCCAGGUCUCCCUGAAGGUUUUAUUGGAAACUGUCUCGAUCACUAUGGAGCAAUAAAAUAUAUUUAACAAUGAAGCUACACUUUUAUGUAUUAUCACAAAUAUUUUAAUAAUCAAAUAUUAUUUCUAAAGUUAGUUUUAUAAAAAUUAAUUGUGGCAUUAUCCUUUGGCACAUGAAUUUUUUUUUUAACUAAUGACAAAAAUAAAGCAAAUACGUUGAAGAUCAUGUGACAUCAACAAUAUGAUUUUUUUUAGACCAUCAUAAAGUCUAAAUCUAGUCAUGAAAAAAUUCCGCAUGGUUCUACCUUUAAUAUCUAAAAUAUGAGUGGAGAAAAAAAAAUAGUUUUCACAUAAUUCAAUGACAUAAAUAGCAGCCAUUACAUUGUAACCGAGUCAGGCAGACCGAGUCAUUGGCCUGGAGGUUUUUUCCCCCCUCUCCUAAGUCCCGACCAUUUGUUAUACCCAACAUUGCUAUAUGAGUAUGUGCUAUCUAGAAACUAUAGUUCAGAUAAGAUUUGAGAGGUUUCUGUAAACCAGAUGCCCACAAAGUUGGUCACUAGGUGGUCUUGACAAAGAUAAAUAACUUUAGAAAAGAAGCAAUUAGCAUCUAGUCAUGAGAUUUUGAUGGAUGACUACAUUGUUUCAUUCAGUUCAAUGCCAUCUCAUCGAGCUGGACAGGAUGCCUCAGCAUCAUCUUAGGUCUGUUCAUGGGCGCCCGCAGGUAGGGGCAAGGUGGGGCACUUCCCCCCCCCCCCCCCCNAGAGAAAAUAAAGCGAAAGUAACUAAGCUGAUGUCCUGUCCUUUCGUUUACCAUACAAAUACGCUAUAGUAAAUUAAAACUAUAUUGAAACAUUACUAAAAAAAAUUCCUUACAUCCCCUGGAAAGUUAAUUCAUUUUUUUUGCCCCCCCCCCCCCCCCCCCUAGAAAGUUUUCUGCGGGCGCCCAUGGGUCUGUUAUAAUACAUUAUAUCAAUUAAAUACAUAUAAUAUGUCUGUAGUGAAAAGAAAUGAAAAUUUUUACACAAUUUUGUGAUCUAGCCAAGUAUUAUCAAGAAAUAAAAAUUCUUACAGUUGAUCAAAUUCACUUGAGGUAUUCUUUGUUUCUUUUAUUAAUAUCCCUAGCAUAGCCAAGCCCAUGAUUUGUAUUGUUGCCAGCCACAGGACGAUCUUCCCCUGACAUCACAGCAUCCACUAGUUGUUUGUGUGGACCCUUCUUGUUCAUGUGUAACCAUUCCCUUCCCUUUACUUCAACCUCCUGUUUUUUGUGUGCUUAAAAGAAAUAAGUCAAAAGUCAUAAGAAGACAAAUAUAUUGCUCUAGUUGUAUGUAUUAUCCAAUAGACAUGACUGUUGUGAGUGUUUCUGUCAUCUUUCACCUUCUUGUCUGUCAUAUUCUCAAAUGUCCAUUGUUUGCUGUAUCAUAGGACUUUGGCAAGUAUCCCCGUAUGAGAACAUUUGUUCAAGAAUACAUCCAGGCCUUGAACUGUCAGAAUGAUGGCCUUAAAGUGGUACAAGCUUUGGUCAAAAGGUAGGUCACAAUGCAUCUAAUCUGGUGUGUGGAAACCUCCUCAGUUGUCUGAAUUCAUUCAAUGCUGGUAUCCCUUUCCAUGUUCAUCUAUUUUGAUUGCAUAAUCUAUAGUUUGUUUGCCUAUUAUUAAUCACUAUAUCAGCAGUGUUAGCAUUCAGAAACAUUUUUGUAACAAUUUUAAGAAGCUAUAAAUUACAUGUUUUAAAUGUAUUUUUAUUUCUCCACAAAUUCGUUUUGUCUGAAGAAUUGUGUCAUAGUUAAUUAAAUAUAUUUUCAGCUACUAUAUAAAAACAUCAGUUUAACACAAAAUUUACAAUCAAACAUGGUCUGUAGACUAGCAAACCUUAAAUGAAAUUAUAUUCUCAAUUUAUCCUUAUACAGCAUGCAUGGUCCAAGCAGCCACUGCCCGCAUCCCCGAGUACUGCCCAAUCUGGUCGCUGUGUGCCUUGCUGCCAUUUACAAUUGUUACGAAGAGAGGAAAAAGUAAGUUGGCAUUACUUUAUUGCUCUCUGUCAGUAACACAGCCAAGACCCACAGAUGCAAGAAUUCUUCCAUCAUAGACAAACCAGUCAACUUGAACUUAAACUUUGCUAAAAAUAGUUUGUUUUUUUUUAAGUUAAAAAAAUAAUUCAUCUUUAUGUGAGCAUUAAUAUUUGGCUAAAAGUUUGGCAGUUGACUUUAAAGGAAAUAUUUUGUUCCAAAUAUCUUCAUAGACUUCAAAUGGUUAGGAAUUUAAAAAAUAAAAAAAAACAGAACAGUAGAAAUAUUGAUGUUGCCAAAAAAAAAAAAAAAUUUUAUUGAAUCUUUUUCUUUUGUCCCCCAGCUUUACACAUGAUAAUGUCAACAAUGAAGAUUUUGACCAAAUCGAGUGGGAGAACAAACUCUUGUGUUAUGUAUCAAUGAUGGAGACCAUGUAAGUAGACAGGUCAAAGUUCAUUCAAUGUGGACAUACCGUGGGACAUUUGAUUGCUCAGUGGACAGACUGCUGACGGAGUAAGAUAAUACUAAAUGGUACUAAGACAGCUGUAACAAAAAUAAUUCCUCAAUAGUCUAUGGUACUUUCAAGUGUAAUUGUGGGAAUCCCUCGUUAAAUUUUGAACUGGAGCAACUGUUCAUAUGGCGCUUUUAAACUUAAGAGUUCCCGAAUGUAUGGCUUAUUAAACAAUUUCACAAUGGCCACUCUCAUGUUUGCUUGUGUUGUACCUAGGUCAGAGUUUGAUGACUGGAGAUUUGUCCUUGGCAGUUUACUUCAACCGAUCCCUUUCCCUGAUGAGUAAGUACACAACCAUUCAUUUAAGUUACAUUUUUUUUUUGCCUGUUCUGCUUCCAAGCUUUAGCAGAUAACACAUUUUUUUAAAAAUGUUACCAAAAUUGCCCUAUCCUUCAGUUUAAAAAAAAAAAUAUAUAUAUAUAUCAAAUAAUUGGUUUAAAGCUGGAAAAGCAAUAUAGCAAUCAUUGUUUCUCUUGUUGUGUGAUAUCAAAGUGCCUCUCAAGUGAACAGAAUAUUCACUUCCUUAAAAGCUCUAGCAAUAGCUAGACAGCACUGGUUGAAAUCAAGGACUCUUUGUUUCUCGAGUGUUCUAUUGAUUUCCUCUAACCAGUCGUUUGUCAACCAGUUACACUGAAAUCACGCAUCUGAUUUUGCUCCUCUUGGUUUUUUAGCUGAACAUUGGAUUUAAUAAGGCUGUUAAAAAUGGUUAUCAAUACAUCAGUGGAAAGGAUCUAUGCUCGUCUGAAUAGAGCACCCACAAAUUAUUACUUUUAUACAUUAAAAUGGAACCUGUGUUGGGCAAAUAAAAUAACUCUCUUUUUUAUUUAAUAGUGUGCUUCAUAGUUGUUAUAAAUUAUCAAAUGAUCAGGGGGCUUGAAAGUUUAAAAUAUUUUUGUUUGUUUGUUGAAAAGAUGGUUAAAACAAGGGUUGUGAAUAACUUGUAAGGGUUUGUUCUCUCACAAUGUAAAAUCAUUGGGAAUGUUCAACUCUUAAUUAAUGCACGCCAUUUUCUGGUGAACAAAUUUAAGAAUCACAUACCACCUUCAAGACUGAAACUUGUUAUCUUUCUGGAACAUAUCGCUAUCAACUAGUGGCGUGAAACAAUUUUUUUUUUUAGGUUUUCUAAAAAUGUUUAUUGAAAAUAUUUGGAUCUUAAACAAUUAACAGUCCCACAUAUCUGUCCCCACCCAUGAACAGUCCCACAUAUCUGUCCCCACCCAUGAACAGUCCCACAUAUCUGCACCUCCCCCCACCCCCCAUGAAGAGUCCCACAUAUCUGCCCCCUCCCCACAUUUAAAGGGCUCACUUAUCUUCCAGCCUUCUGUCAUUGACACACAAACCUAAAAUAUGUGCCUGCGUUUUAGCUGAUUAAUUAUAAUGUUUUAUAUGUGUGAUGUGUGAGCAACUACGAGUUUUGGAACCCCCCCCCCCCCCUUUUUUUUUGUUUUGUUUUUGUUUUGUUCACCCAACAUGCCGCUAUCACAGCUACUAGCACUCCUGAACAGCCAUAAAGCAUAUCAGAAAUCCUGUAGGUGUGGUCACACCAGAUGGCAGAGUGCCAAACACAUAAAGGGCAGUAGCAUUGCCAGGAGAAUGGGUGGCCAUCUGGCAGUGUUAUGUCACUGGUCUCUGGUCUUGCAACAUUAGGAAACAAAGGGUAUGAUGGACCGCAUUAUAACAGUAGUUGAAGAGGUUGUUGUUUUUUUUUUGCAACAGAUAUUUUAUUGAAAACAAAGUUAAAGGGUAAAAAGCAAAUGAAAAGUGCAUGCAUAGAACCAGUACAUUUUUUUUAAAACAUAAUUUUUUGUAAAUUUUACCUUAAUAGUUUUCUAUUACUAUUUAUUAAAUUAAGGUAAAAUUUACAAAAAAUUAUGUCAGUUUUCUAUUACUAUUUAUUAAGACUAGCUAAAUGAAACUGCAAAAUCUAACUGAAACUUCAGAUCCAUAGUUGAAUGAUUUAGUUUAACCCAAAUCAUGGAGGCUAAAAUUACGACUGAGACAGAUACUGGCCUGGAAAUGCUGAAUAUUAGCUAAUCCGGCACAUACUCACAUACCCGGACACAGCUAAAAAAAUGGAACCAGGUCCGGGUGUUACAAAAAAAAAAAAAAAAAAAAAAAAAAAGAAACCAGGGCGGGGUAUUAAAAAAAAAAAAAAAAAAAAAAAAAAAAAAGUUAUCUUUUCAUUUUCUUGAAUGUAUUCCACAUUAUUGGGAGGAAAUAAAAAGUGCAUGCACAGAACCGGUAAAUUUUUUAAAACAUUUUUUGUUGUUAAUUUCACUAGAAUUUAAUAAAUAGUAAUAGAAAACCUGACUAGCUGAAUGAAACUGCAAAGCUCUGAAAAUAAUGAUGUACAUUUUACAAAUUUUGUGUAAUUGUUUGUUUUAGCCGGAUGCAUGUCUUUGGGUAUGACCGUGGCACUUUCUGUUUAAAAUGAAUAUUUCAUGGUGAUACUGAGAAGCCGCAAAGUUUGUGUGCGGAUGUGUUUUUCGUCCCAACUUCACUCCCAAAUACGUUGGUGACUUGUCCCGUUUGUGCUUGUAAAUAUUUAAUGAGGGAUAAUGAAUCCAGAAUUAGCGACCUUUAAAGAAUGUAAAACUCUGAAAGUGUUGAGGUUUUUUUCUAUAGGUGGUUUGUAUCCUACUUUUGCUGGGUUAGGAUUAUGUUAUUAAGCUAUAAGUGUUUUGAAGCAUUUAACUUUGAUGCCUUCCUGUUACAGCCUGUGUGUUGACUUACUUUGCUUCAACCACUUGUCUCCCCUCUUUUUGUUAUGAUGUUGUCCUCACUGAUUAAAUGUGUAGCGCUGUACCACACCCACCCCUCCUUUCAUUGGGAAAAUGAUGUUUACCUUCUAAUUUAGUCUAGAGAAUGAUAUCGGGUCAUGCAAUUUCUAGAAUUUCUUUUCUGUAGGAUCCAACUCGCUCCCUAUAAAUAAGCUAGCAGCUUUCCCAGCUGGGUACUGGUAAAUGUCACAUACAAAAUACCCACAAAACUGAGUGCCAAAAAACUACAACCGUACACUGAACAAAUACUAGGUGACUAUCAAUGUGUAUUCAGACAAAACAGGUCAAGGACUGCAGAUUUUCCCUAUCAGAUGCCUAUUAAAUAAAUGUUAUGAAUACAAUAUCCCAGCACAUCAACUCUAUGUGGGCUAUAAAAUGGCCUACAGCAGCAUUAAAAAAAUAUCUUUAUGAGACUCUGCAGGAGUUGGGCAUACCCAAGAAACUGACAAGACUGAUAUUUGCAGCAACAAACAAUUCAAAAAGCAAUAUCAAGGUUCAAGGAGAAUAUAGAAGGAAUUUCAGAUUACACGAGGCCUAAGACAAGGAGACUCACUGUCUUGUGUUCUAUUUUAACAUUUAACCUAACAUUAGAGAGAGUUAUAAGAAACAUACAGAUUGACUCCCGAGGAACAAUAGCAGGAUACUUUCUGAGGGAGACCCAUGACCCACAAACAAUAGGCACUCUCUUCAAUAACCCCUUCAGUAUCUUGCAUAUUCUGAUGACUUAGCACUGUUAGGGAAGAGUAUUAAAGACAUAUCAGAAGCCUUUAUUGAAUUAAAAAACGCAUCACUAAAAGCAGGGCUAGAAGUUAACAACAACAACAACAAAAAUACAUGACUAUGAUAACAGAUGAACAGACAGAUGAAACCAUUAAAAUUAGAAACAACACUUUUGAAAAAGUGAAUCUAAUUCCUAGGAUCUUCAUUAAAUGAAAGAAAUGAAUUACUUAUAAAAAAAUAUUAGAAACAGAAUAUCCACCGGAAACGGGACAUACUACAGUAGUCAGAAAAUAUUCAAAAGUAAAAAUAUUAUGACAAAAACAAAGAAACCUAUUUAUAAAACUGUAACCAGACCAGUUGUAACAUACGCAGGUAACAAAAAAAAGUCAGAAAACCUAUUAAACACAUGGGAGAGAAAAGUUCUCAGGAAAAUAUAUGGACCAACAAAGGAGGAAUAUGGAUGGAGUAUAGGAACCAACCAGGAAUUGUACAGUCUAUAUCACCAGGAUCCCAAGCUAGUAGCAACAAAAGGGCAGGCUGCACACCAUCUUCACUCCUCCGUCAUUUGGCAUUCUUUAUUUGUUAUUUUCUUAUGCUCCAUUUUCUUUCUUUCUUCUUUUUUGUGUGCCUAAAAUUAAAAUUCGGCAGCUUACAUCAGAAUGACAAAGGAGUGAAGAGGGUGCACCACCAAAACCCCAGAGGAAAACGUCUCAAAUUCAGACCUAGGUUCAGAUGGAUGGAUGAUGUGGAGAAAGCUCUACAGCGGCUGGGAACCCAAGCAUGGAAAAGAAAAGCAUGGGUUAGGUCUGAGCGAAAGGAAUUGGUGAGGCAGGCCAAGGACUACACUUUUUCACUUGCAGUCAGUGCUGUAACUUAAUAAAGUUUGAUUUGUUAUUGUAUUUUAUAUAAACGUAAAGUAUAUUUACAUUGAAAAGUUUUAAUAUCACUCACUAGUUUGGGAAGCGUUUUUCAUUGUACUGUAACGAGCCAAAUGUUAAAGCUGAUUGAAUUUGAAAAACCAUUUAACUAAAUUUAGGUAACACUUCGGGAUCACUAAAGGUUCUGUACAUGUACUUUCCACUUCUCCCGAUUGGGUGGAUCACAAUAAGAGAAGAUAAAUCUUUCUUUUGUAUCAUAUAUAUAUGUGUGUGUGUCAUUUGAACAAAACGAUGGUUGCCGUCUCUUAGAAUGUUGCAAAUACCCCACUGAAAGGUACUGCCCAUUAAGACCUGCCUGUUACAAGAACUCUCACAAAUUUUCAUUAAAUAUUGUCUUUAUGGCUACCAUCAAACAAGUUCUUGGUUCCCAGUUCCUGGACUUGUUGUAUCAUGUCCACUAUCCCACUGGUGGACCACUCAAUGUGACCAGGGUGUCAUAAACUGUAAAGGCAUCUCGGUGGAUACGGGAUCAGAUUUCUGCUCAGGCCGUCCCUUCCUGUUAAUGAAUAGCUCUCCAAAUAUGUGACAUUUCUUGACUGACGUCUAGGAUAUCUGAUAGCAUUGGUUGGAGUAGGCCACAUUGUGAUGUGAGGAAUCUGUUACACAGCAUUAGGCCAUAUUGGUGGAUGCAUGAUGAAUUCAUCAUGACGUAAGUUGUGGGGAGAAAUGAGGCUUCGUGUAUCGCUGGAGAUACGUGAGCCGUCCAGUGAAGACAGGGGGCCAAAAGCAAACCAAUUUAUGGAGCCAGCUGUCAAGAUGUAUUUUUUCCUACCAUAUUUCGAUUCAGCCAACAGGUGGGCCAAGCAGUUCCAAAGAGAUUAAAUUGUGUUUUAACAACCCCAAAUGUAGCAAAACAAAUACCUUUAAAAUGUAUGGUAUCAGGAGAUCAGAUCUCCAGUGCCCAAACUAGAUGUGUGACCUAUAUGUGUUGACUCCAUCGUAACUCCAUUACACUGGCCAACAUUUUUACCUGUAUGUGUUAAUUCCAUAAUAUUUCCUUUACACAUUUAUCAGACUUGUGACCUUCAUGUGUUGAUUCAAUCAUAACUCCAUUACACAUACACAGAUGUGUGACCUAUAUGUGUUGAUUCCAUCAUAACUCCAUUACACGGGCCAAAUUGUUUACCUGUAUGUGGUGAUUCCAUCAUAUCUCCAUUACACAUCAUACUCGUGACCUGUGUGUGUUUAUUCCAUCAGAACUCCAUUACACGUACCAAAAUGUGUACCUGUAUGUGUUGAUUCCAUCAUAUCUCCAUUACACAUACACAGAUGUGUGACCAGUAUGUGUUGAUUCCAUCACAUCUCCAUUACACGGGCCAAAUUUUUCACCUGUAUGUGGUGAUUCCAUCAUAUCUCCAUUACACAUCAUACUCGUGACCUGUGUGUGUUUAUUCCAUCAUAACUCCAUUACACGGGCCAAAAUGUUUACCUGUAUGUGUUGAUUCCAUCAUAUCUCCAUUACACGGGCCAAAAUGUUUACCUAAAUGUGUUGAUUCCAAAAUAACUCCAUUACACAUACCAGACUUGUGACAUGUAUGUGUUGAUGCCAUCAUAACUCUAUUAGACAUACACAGAUGUGUGACCUAUAUGUGUUGACUCCAUCGUAACUCCAUUACACUGGCCAACAUUUUUACCUGUAUGUGUUAAUUCCAUCAUAUUUCCUUUACACAUUUAUCAGACUUGUGACCUUUAUGUGUUGAUUCAAUCAUAACUCCAUUACACAUACACAGAUGUGUGACCUAUAUGUGUUGAUUCCAUCAUAACUCCAUUACACGGGCCAAAUUGUUUACCUGUAUGUGGUGAUUCCAUCAUAUCUCCAUUACACAUCAUACUCGUGACCUGUGUGUGUUUAUUCCAUCAGAACUCCAUUACACGUACCAAAAUUUGUACCUGUAUGUGUUGAUUCCAUCAUAUCUCCAUUACACAUACACAGAAGUGUGACCAGUAUGUGUUGAUUCCAUCACAUCUCCAUUACACAUACACAGAAGUGUGACUUGUAUGUGUUGAUUACAUCAUAACUCUAUUACACAUACCAGGCGUGUGACUAGGGUUGCCAACUUUACAAUAAUACAUUUUGAUGACAAAUAUUAUAAUCUGCACAUUUGUUACGGACCCAUGUUUCUGACACGUUUUAACAUAAACUUGAAAAAAGAAAAAAUGAGCCUAUUUAAUACCUUGAGUUCAUUGCAUGAAAUUCUCACCAGUUUACAUGCAAUCUCUCCCGCUUUAUGCUGAUACAAGUUUAAAGAACAUUUUUUUUCUACAAAAAAAAAAAACAACACAUAUACAAUCACAAACACGAGAUUUCCUCUUUGUUUUGCUUCAGAAGAUUUGUGUACGAUGUCUCAUUUUUUUGGCAUGGUUGGCACCCCUGAUUGCGACACACGUGUUGAUUCCAUCAUAACCUUGAUUGCGACACACGUGUUGAUUCAUCAUAACCCCGAUUGCGACUCACGUGUUGAUUCAUCAUAACCCGGAUUGCGACACACCUGUUGAUUCCAUCAUAUCCACCCAGACUAGACACAAGAUUUGAAUUGAAACAUAAUCAUUGGGGAAUUGAGUUCGUUGACGUUGUAUUAAAUGCGUACGACUUGGUAACUCCGCAAAUUAGUUACCUUUGUUGGAGGGUGGGGAGGGGGGGGGCACACAUUCACUACUCGCCACCUUUCCCAUUUCUAUCCUUUGAAGUUCUGUGUGCACUUUGGGACGUAUUGACGAGGGUUUAAGUGAGUNAACAUAAUCAUUGGGGAAUUGAGUUCGUUGACGUUGUAUUAAAUGCGUACGACUUGGUAACUCCGCAAAUUAGUUACCUUUGUUGGAGGGUGGGGAGGGGGGGGGGGCACACAUUCACUACUCGCCACCUUUCCCAUUUCUAUCCUUUGAAGUUCUGUGUGCACUUUGGGACGUAUUGACGAGGGUUUAAGUGAGUCCGAUGAUUGUAGGUCAGCGCGUGUCGCGCCGUGAUCAGAUAAAACUCAUCUCCAUCUGAUCGUGACGUGGGAACUCCCUCGUGUUAUUUCUAUUCCACCAGUUCUAUCAUGGAGUUGGCAUUAUCGAAGUCAUUCUGGGGCUAAAUUUCUCUGUGACUUCAAUGUCCCGAGGCGAUGUGGGCAAUCGUCUCUUCCCCGGCGGCAAACCUAUUAAGCGCAGCUCGUCUGGGGUGUCUUACAUUUCAAACACCUUGUUUUAUCUUCUGGCUUUAAGUUUGAAUCCUUUGCAAUAUACCAUUAACAACAGGGGCUGUUACUUUUUAUAUCAAUUAUUCCAGGGUGAAUAGAUGAAUAACUAUAUUUAGAGCUGGUAUUCUUCAAUCUCUAUAUGGCAGUGAUCUUUAGUGGCCUCUGGAACAUAAUAGUUUAUAAUUUUUUUUAUCUCGUAUGUAUGUGGAGACAUUUUGUGACACCAUUCUAUGGACUAGUUUUGACAGCAACAACAAAAAAAAAAAACAACAACAACAACAACAAAAAAAAACCGUUUAAUUCCUUAAACCUUAAGAUGACUGGAAUUUUUUUAAAUAAAAAAAUAUAUAUACUUUGUGGCAAUUUUUAAUUGAUUUAAAUAGUUUCUUUAAUUUGAGCAAGUGCAUUGUAUUGUCGGAUGAAUGAUGUGGUCAAUGAAGGCUAUAUUUAAAACAAUGGCUGCAUCACACUGAUUAAAUAACACGGGCCGAGACACCUUUUAAACACCCUGACUUGUCACUAGGGACAGGUAUACACACACUGUAACACACACACACACGUUUUCCUUGCUUGAUGUUUCCUCUCAAGUCCCCAUGCCCUCGUUACGUGAACAAUUCUUGAACUCUGGCGAACUUAUUGAUGGCCAUUAACUGAGCAAAAGAUAAGCAGAUUAAUGACUGACCGCCUCAAUUAGGUCAAUCUCAGGAACUGGGGAUACAUUAAAUUUUUUCAUAAUUUAUUUCAACCACAUUUAGUUGGGCUUGGCCCCUGAAUCCAAUUCUAUUUAUACCGCACCAAUUAUUUACCUUAUCUCUUCAUUCUUCCAUCGUAUGUUUAUAAACAGAGCACUGCCCGAAAUACCAGUGAAUAAGCUUUUUCACCCUAACCCACCUUCUGUGCUAUUAUAUUUCAUAGCUUGGAGUCGCAAACAACGGGACACUCUAGGAUUAGCACUUCAGUAUAGUAUAUGGCAGUGGUCAGCAUAUCGCGGCUCGGCCAGCCGGCCAAAAAUCGGUUUUGACUACGAAAAACAUGGUUCUUAAAAAGAAAUUAGGCUCUCAAACAAAUUUUAAUUCCCCUCCUGAUGAUUUUUUGGCUCUUUUGACUGAUGAGUUUGCCAGCCACUGGCCUAUGGCGUUAUGCGGGGAUUUUAAAAAAUGAAGGCUUAAAAUAGGUUUUUUGACUUCUCACAUCUGCUAUUAAAUAUGAUGGACUCCAACAUCUCUUAUUAAACAUGGUUGACCCCAACAUCUCCUAUUCAAUAUGGUUGGACCGAACAUCUCCUUUUAAUUAUGGUUGACUCCAACGUCUCCUAUUGAACAUGGUUGACUUCCAACAUCUCCUAUUAAACAUGGCUGACUCCCAACAUCUCCUGUUACACAUGUUUGACUCCCAACAUCUCCUGUUAAACAUUGUUGACUCCCAACAUAUCCUGUUACACAUGUUUGACUCCCAACAUCUCCUGUUAAACAUGGUUGACUCCCAACAUCUCCUGUUACACAUGUUUGACUCCCAACAUCUCCUGUUAAACAUUGUUGACUCCCAACAUCUCCUGUUACACAUGUUUGACUCCCAACAUCUCCUGUUACACAUGUUUGACUCCCAACAUCUCCUGUUAAACAUUGUUGACUCCCAACAUAUCCUGUUAAACAUGGUUGACUCCCAACAUCUCCUGUUACACUUGGUUGACUCCCAACAUCUCCUGUGUCACUUGGUUGACUCCCAACAUCUCCUGUUACACAUGGUUGACUCCCAACAUCUUCUGUUAAACAUGGUUGACUCCCAACAGCUCCUGUUAAACAUGGUUGACUCCCAACAUCUCCUGUUAAACAUGGUUGACUCCCAACAUCCCCUGUUACACAUGGUUGACUCCCAACAUCUCCUGUUAAACAUGGUUGACUCCCAACAUCCCCUGUUACACAUGGUUGACUCCCAACAUCCCCUGUUACACAUGGUUGACUCCCAACAGCUCCUGUUAAACUUGGUUGACUCCCAACAUCUCCUGUUACACACGGUUGACUCCCAACAUCUCCCACUAAACUCAUUAUUGUCACUAAAUUGGCGCGUGUUUGCCCCUGACUUCAUUUUGUUUAAAGAGUUCCAACCUUAUCCGUCCAUUUAGGUUUAGUUGGAAAUAUCAUAAUCGCUUUCUUUGACUGCCUUAAGUGCUGUUGUGAAUGUAUUUUCAGCAUCAGCUCAUCAUGAUCAAUUUCAGACGGCAGCUGCUAUGGCUAUAUAUAUAUAUCUAACUGUUAUCAUUUUACUGACGUUAUUCCUUUCAUUUGUUUCCUGAGUAAAAAAAAAAUGAGGACAAGAACACAGAGUUGUUUUUCCUCGUGACACACCUUUUAUAUACAUACAUAUAUAUUUAUUUAUAGCGUUGUUUGUUUUGUUUAAAUGUAAUAUUUGUUAGGCUAAUACUAAAUUUGUUGGUAUCAUUUUUUUUUAAAUAAAAAAAAGGAGGGGGGGGGGUGAGCAAUAUUGAGAGUUGAAGCCACGAACGUUGAAUUAGCAGUAUGUCCUACCUAACGCUAUUAAUUAUAUUGUUUAUCUGUGUAAUAAAAGAACGAUAACAUUCACACAAAGGUUGAACCAGUGCUUUCAAUAUUUUAAAAUGCUGUCUGGCAACACAAUAAUUAGAGAUAGUAGCCCCUCUCUUCUGUCCCUAGCAAGUGGCGCUAACCCCCUCUCUCUCUCCUCUCUCUCUUUCUCUCUCUCUCGCCGGAGUUGCUAUACAAUCCUUCGUUAAAGAUAACAAUUUAUCCCUCGCGUACUUCGAAGCGCUCAUGCUAAAGAUACUAACAGGUUCUCGCUUGAGUUGCUUAUCUCUUCCUUGCUACAUAUGCUAACCUUUCCCUUGCAAAAGAGGAUAACCUUUCCCUUGCAAAAUAUGCUAAACUUUCUCAUGCUAGAAAUGCUAACCUUUCUCUCGCUAGAGGUGCUAAUCUUUCUCUAGCGAUGCUAACCUUUCUCUCGCUAGAGAUGCUAACCUUUCCCUCGCUAGAGAUGCUAACCUUUCACUCGCUAGAGAUGCUAACCUUUCCCUCGCUAGAGAUGCUAACCUUUCCCUCGCUAGAGAUGCUAACCUUUCCCUCGCUAGAGAUGCUAACCUUUCCCUCGCUAGAGAUGCUAACCUUUCCCUCGCUAGAGAUGCUAACCUUUCCCUUGCUAGAGAUGCUAACCUUUCCCUCGCUAGAGAUGCUAACCUUUCUCUCCCUAGAGGUGCUAACCUUUCUCUCGCUAGAAUUGCUAACAUUUCUCUCGCUCGAGUUGCUAACCUUUCUCUCGCUAGAGAUGCUAACCUUUCUCUCGCUAGAGAUGCUAACAUUUCUCUCGCUAGAGAUGCUAACAUUUCUCUCGCUAGAGAUGCUAACCUUUCCCUCGCUAGAGAUGCUAACCUUUCCCUCGCUAGAGAUGCUAACCUUUCUCUCGCUAGAGUUGCUAACAUUUCUCUCGCUAGAGAUGCUAACCUUUCUCUCGCUAGAGAUGCUAACCUUUCUCUCGCUAGAGAUGCUAACAUUUCUCUCGCUAGAGUUGCUAACAUUUCUCUCGCUAGAGAUGCUAACCUUUCUCUCGCUAGAGAUGCUAACCUUUCUCUUGCUAGAGAUGCUAACAUUUCUCUCGCUAGAGAUGCUAACCUUUCUCUCGCUAGAGAUGCUAACCUUUCCCUCGCUAGAGAUUCUAAUCUUUCCCUCGCUAGAGAUGCUAACCUUUCCCUCGCUAGAGAUGCUAACCUUUCUCUCGCUAGGGAUGCUAACCUUUCUCUCGCUAGAGGUGCUAACCUUUCUCUCGCGAGAGUUGCUAACAUUACUCUCGCGAUAGAUGCUAACCUUUCUCUCGCUAGAGAUGCUAACCUUUCCCUCGAUAGAGAUGCUAACUACGCCCUUGGUGUAAAGCCCCGUAUCAAUAAAAUCCAAUCAAUAUCAAUUAACAAUUCAAACAAUAAAACUCCUUAGCAUGAUGCACUCACACUUUUAAUAGUUUAAUAGCUGUACGCUUUUCUGAAACAUUUAUAAUGUAUAUAUUAUUAUGUGAGCUUUGCAUAUCAAAAAUACACGUCACCCCAAUAUACAUCACCCCGUUACACAUCACCCCACUACACGUCACCCCAUUAUACAUCACUCAAUUGUACAUCAUCCCAUUGGACGUCACCCCAUUACAGAUCACAACAUUUUACGUCACUCCAAUACACAUAACCACAUUAUACCUCACCCCAUUAUACAUCACCCCAUUACACAUCACCCCAUUACACAUCAUCCCAUUACACAUCAUCCCAUUUUACAUCACCCCACUACACAUCAUCCCAUUAUACAUCACCCCAUUAUACAUAACCCCAUUAUACAUCACCCCAUUACAAGUCAGCCCAUUACACGUCACCCCACUAUACAUCACCCCGUUACAUGUCACCCCAUUACACAUCACCCCAUUAUGCAUCACCCCAUUAUGCAUCACCCCAUUACACGUCACCCACUACACAUCACCCACUAGACAUCACCCCACUACAGAUCACCCCAUUAUACAUACACCCCAUUAUACAUACACCUCAUUAUACAUUACCCCAUUAUACAUCACCCCAUUACACGUCAGCCCAUUACACAUCACCCCAUUACACGUCACCGCACUACACAUCACUACAUAUCACCCCAUUACACGUCACCCCAUUAUUCAUCACCCCGUUACACAUCACCCCAUUACACAUCACCCCAUUACACAUAACCCCAUUACACAUAACCCCAUUACACACUACCCCAUUACACAUCAUCCCAUUACACAUCACCCCACUAUAAAUCACACCACUACAGAUACAUUCUAGCCUUUUCUUUGUUUGCAAUCGUGUCAAACCCAUUUGUGUGAUACAUGACUUCACGAAAUAUGCCCACCCCCCCCCCUACCACAUGCACACAUUUUAAUGAUUAAAAGAAACCCACCAAAAAGUCAAGUGUUCUUUUUGUUUCAAUGAUCAACUCUUGCAUGUUGAAUCCCUCACUCCACACACGCAUGCGUCCAAUAUAUUGGAAAUAACUUUUUUUUUCUCUUUUAUUUUCAGUGCAAUCGCCGACUCCCUUUUCACAUCGUAAGUAUCUGAUUUCAUCAGUUUUCCAACUUCUUUAAUUUGAAACAGCUAUGUGUUUAGGUUACCGGAAAUUUGAUCGAAAGAAACUUCGUCGACGCUAAAUUGAUCAACGGAAAUUUGAUCGAACGGAAAUUUGGUCGAAUCUUUUUUUCAGUUCACACGUUAAAAUUCUCGUCAAAUCUCUUUUUGAACUCACUAUAUUAUAUUGUAAAACAAAAUAAUGCACAUAGGCGAUUUGCUGUUGGGAACCAGCUUAUAAUCCUAGAACAAUAAUCCCAGACCAUCUCCAUUGAUGUAUAGAGAUCCGUCGUAUGUUUGAGGUGGUCACCGAUGAAAUCUCAAGUACUUAUAAAUCCUACAGGUGCUCCGUGUGGUACAUGGGGAAAAUUAACUCCCGUGCUUACCUAUACUUGAAAGAGUAGCACAAGGUAUGUUGAGGCUUGAAUCAAAAGACAGGACAAUAAGAUGUGAACGUUUCGGCCUAGAGCCUUCCUCAGCAUACCCUGUUUUACUGUUUCAUUCACAUAGCUUGAAGGCAGUCCUUCAAUUAUUAUUUACCUAUACGUACAGCCCUACAUGGCUCAUUCCCGCGUUGACCUCCAAUCACAUCCUCAAAAUGUCUCUUAAGUCCAUCAUUCUAACACUUGCAUCUCUUUAAAUCAUCUUACAUACAUAAUGCCUUACGCUAUGAUGGGUGCCCUGACUUAAUGCAUUUCUUAUACCCAUCAUCCAGUGGCGUAGCUAGGUUUAAUGCCGCCCGGGUCGGACAAAGACUUUUGCCGCAGCGACCACGAAAAAACCCUUGUAGUUCGACGAAAAUGCCGCCACUCAGUAUAUAGAGGAAAAGUGCCGCCCGGGGCGGACCGGCACCUCUGCAUUCCCCCUUCCUACGCCAGUGUACCCACGGUGUCUUACAUGUUAAGGCUUAUCGCAAAAUGUCUCCCUAUUUGUUUUGUUUACAACAAAAUGAACAUCUCUCCUAUCAGCUUAGUACAGCGACUGCUCUAAAGGCCUGGGACUAAUUCCGCUAAUGACGUCAUUCCGUUUAAGAAUCUAUAUCGACUUUCAUGUGGUUGUGUCCAAGCAAUGACGCAUCUCCCGUGUGGGGAUUGUAAUAUUUCCUUCUGAUAUUUCCUUGUCCUCUGUGUCUAUUGAUCAUCGAACCAGAAUUCAAGAACCUAAAUCAUUUAAAGUGGCUAUUUAUAUCCAGCAUUCCAUUUUUAAAACUCUAUUUUUAGAAGGAAACUUAACCCACCCCCGCCCCCCACAGCUCUCCCAUCUCACUAUUGAUAUAACAAUAAGGUAUGUAAUCAGGCGUCAGUGAAGCUCCGAUCGUGCGCAAGCUCAGCACGUUAAAGACCAGGGACUCUCUAACAGUAGGCGCUCGGAUCGAUGAGGCCGGCUCGCACAGGUGACUGGGGGGCUAAGACGUGUGACGUCAGCUGGACUUUUUUUUUUUUUUUUUUUUUCUUUUUUUUUUUUAUUUUCCUCUUUUUUGGAUGGUUGGUUUUUAAAGCCAUUAAAGGUAUCUAGUUGGCACGGAUGUCCAAAGAAAUGUUUGCACGUGGGGGCAUCAGUGUCCGCUGGGGAAUGGGGGGGGGGGGUGGCGCGAUGCGUUUUGACAACAAAUCCUCAGAGGAUGAAUCACAAAAUGUCGAUUUUGCAUAGAACAGCUAUUCACAACUAAAAUUUGACCAUAUUUUUUUUCUUUAAAGAUAUAGUAGGCUAAAUGUCUGAAAGAUAGGGUGAGUAGGUAAGUAAAUCUUAGAAGCUUGGAAAUAUUAGUAAUAGUAUUUUGAAAAAAAUGUUAGUAUUGUCUACCACAAUGUUAGUAUUUUGACCAAGUUUUAGCAAAAUCCGGGGGGGGGGGCGUUUGAUAUCUCUCUGUUUCUCUCUCCCCGCCCCCGUUGCGGACGCCCAAGCUUGUUGGGUAGGAAGAUGUGCCAGGGUGAGCUUAGAUUAAUUAGUUGGUCUACACACAUAACUUUAGUGUGUUUGAGGACAACCUCGUCCCAACCUUUCUUUAAAGAUGUUUGUUGUGCACAUUUGUGUACGGAACUGUGCAAAAUGAAAUUGUUAAAAGUCCCUCAACGUUUAGUGACCUAAAUGAGAUUUAAAUGUGGAUACUGUGGUCCGUGUGGUCAUACGAGGACGUCCUUUCUACGUGGCAUCACUCUGAUUUCUUGUUCUUGUUGAAUGCAUCACUAGGGCUAGAUCCGAGCUUCUCACAUUUUCAGUGUGAUGUACCAGCGUGAAGUUGCUUACACAAUAGGACCCGUUACUCAGUUUAUAGACGGUUCUUUUUCGGUUUCUUUCCUUUUAAAUGUGCUACGUUUGGCGGACCAGCGUCCAAGAUUGGAGCCCAUUAGUUGGUUAAAAUGCUCCCUUGGUUAUGUGACUCGUGUCGAUCCCAUGUUACAGCAAACCUUUUAUUUUCCAUCUUGCUCAUUUCACUUUCCGUAACCCAUGUCAUAGGACGCCACGCCUUCAAGUUAAAUGCAAGAGAUGCAGAUAUUUAGUUGCUCUGUGUCAUACUUUUUUGAGAAAAGGAAAUCUGUUUGUAUCAGUCGUAUGGGAUCAUUUCUAAUUACUGAAUGAAGGAAAAGACAGGUUUUCUUGUACACUAAACUACGUGGGCUGCCGUGUGGUCUAAACUUAGCCAGUCUCAAGUUCAUGGUCUGGAGUUCAAUUCAUUGUCUGGAGUUCAAUCCCCACCAAGCCCAGUCAAGCAAAAACAUCACCAGCAACCCGUAUGGCAACUCGUCUAAGAGAAGGGAACUCUGAAUUCAAACCCGGAGAUGGAGUCCCGUAGGCGGAUAACAUUGGCACGAUUGAACAUUCCGGCAAAUCCUGCGACGCCACUGGUGCCAAGCUUUAUCAUCCGCAUGAUGUUCCCUUUGGGUUAUCCAGCGGCGUGGAGAGAGGCGAAUUACUUAUAUCAGGAGCCUCUUAAGAUCUGUGGAUGUCUUCUCGUCGUGCGCCCUAAUCCGAUUUGACGGUGGUCAUGCAUUGAUCCGACAUAUGGAUAUCCUUAAUCGUGGUCGAGCAUAGUUUGAUAUUUUCAAGCAUAGUUUGAUCAUGUCAAGCAUACUUCGAUCGUGCCAAGCAUAGUUUGAUCUUUUCAAGUAUACUUUGAUCGUGUCAAGCAUAGUUUGAUCAUGUCAGGCAUAGUUUGAUCGUGUCAAGCAUAAUUUGAUCAUGUCAAGCAUACUUCGUUCGUGCCAAGCAUAGUUUGAUAUUUUCAAGCAUACUUUGAUCGUCGUGUCAAGCAUAGUUUGAUCAUGUCAGGUAUAGUUUGAUCGUGUCAAGCAUAAUUUGAUCAUGUCAAGCAUACUUCGUUCGUGCCAAGCAUAGUUUGAUAUUUUCAAGCAUACUUUGAUCGUGUCAAGCAUAGUUUGAUCAUGUCAGGUAUAGUUUGAUCGGGUCAAGCAUAAUUUGAUCAUGUCAGGCAUUGUUAAAGGUGUCAAGCAUAUAUAGUUUGAUCGUGUCAGGCACAAUUUGAUCGUGUCAAGCAUAGUUUGAUCAUGUCAAGCAGAGUGUGAUCGAUGUCUAUUAAAGUUUGAUCCAUGUCAUCUAUUGAUCUGACGCAUGGGCAGCUUUAAUCGUGGUCAAGGAUUUUUUCUGAUCCUUCUCUAUCUGUGAGCUGACAGGGAAUGCACUCAACAUUGGAGACCGUGAAUAUUAUAUAGCAAAACUUCAAAGCUAUGACUAAUUUAAUGGGCACGUGUAGAGACAUAAGUGGGCACAUACUGAGACAGUAAGCAUAUAUAGAGAAAUAAGUCGGCACAUACUGAGACAGUAAGCAUAUAUAGACAAGUAAGUAUAUAGAGAGAAAUAAGUGGACAUAUACUGAGACAGUAAGCAUAUAUAGACAAGUAAGUAUAUAGAGAGAAAUAAGUGGACAUAUACUGAGACAGUAAGCAUAUAUAGAGAAAUAAGUGGGCACAUACUGAGACAGUAAGCAUAUAUAGAGAAAUAAGUGGGCACAUACUGAGACAGUAAGCAUAUAUAGACAAGUAAGUAUAUAGAGAGAAAUAAGUGGACAUAUACUGAGACAGUAAGCAUAUAUAGAGACAAGUAAGCAUAUAUAGAGAAAUAAGCGGGCACAUAUAGAGACAAGUAAGCAUAUUUAAAAAAAAUAAGGGGACACAUAGAGACAAGUAAGCAUAUUUAAAGAAAUAAGGGGACACAUAUAGAGACAAGUAAGCAUAUUUAAAGAAAUAAGGGGACACAUAUAGAGACAAGUAAGCAUAUUUAAAGAAAUAAGGGGACACAUAUAGAGACAAGAAAGCAUAUAUAGAGAAAUAAGGGGCACAUAUAGAGACAAGUAAGCAUAUUUAAAAAAAAAUAAGGGGACACAUAUAGAGACAAGUAAGCAUAUUUAAAGAAAUAAGGGGACACAUAUAGAGACAAGUAAGCAUAUUUAAAGAAAUAAGGGGACACAUAUAGAGACAAGGAAGCAUAUAUAGAGAAAUAAGCGGGCACAUAUAGAGACAAGUAAGCAUAUUUAAAGAAAUAAGGGGACACAUAUAGAGACAAGUAAGCAUAUUUAAAGAAAUAAGGGGACACAUAUUGUGACAAGUGAGCAUAUAUAGAGAAAUAAGUGAGCACAUAUGAAGCCUGGAGUGCUCAUGUAGAUUCAUAAAGAGACAUUAGUGAGCACAUAGGCAGACAUUGUUUGGUAAAUGCUGAGCAAUAACGCUGAGAACUAAGUGGACACAAACCAGAGCAAUACUGCUGCGAACUAAGUGAGCACAUGGAGAGAAAUACAAGAGCACAUGCAGGUACCCUAGAGUUGUUCCGUCAAAGGACAUAGCCCGAUGCCGGCUUUGUCGGGUUAGCUAGCCAGUUUUGUGUGUAGAGUGUAGAGACGUUUUAUAAAGUGCCAGUGCCUGUAGCGGUGGAGUUAAAAACGAAAAGAAAAGAAGACUCUCUAGUUCCACUAGCUUCUCAAGCUGUUACCCUACAAUGCAAAAAAAGAAGAGAAGUUCCGCCCCUGUUUGCGCUCCUGUUUGCGCUCCUGUUUGCGCUCCUGUUUAUGCUGUUGUUUGCGGGUAUGAAGUAAGAAACGGGCGAAAGAUCAUCUUCUGUCUAAUCGAUCGUAAGUGCUGUCGAUUGGGGGGUGCAAGGUGUCGAGUAUAAAGGGAAAAAAUUAUCGGUUCUCAACUUCAAAUUGUGAAUCGGUGGAGUACUUGUGUCAUAGGGUGUGUCACCUUGCGUCAUGUGAUCAGGUUGUGUCACCCUGUGUCAUUUGUUAAUUGUGUCACCCUUGUCAUAUGUUAGAUUGUGUCACCCUUGUCAUAUGAUAGAUUGUGUCACUUUGUGUCAUAGAAUAAAUUGUGACACCCUGUUGUCAUAUUUUAGAUUGUGUCACCCUGUGUCAUAUGUUAGAUUAUGUCACCCUGUGUCAUAUGAUAGAUUGUGUCACGUUUUGUCGUGCUCGGUGUCCACAUGACCACACCGCCACAUGCGUGCUCAACAUUGGUAUAAGAUACACUUGACCCACGCCUUUCAUUUGAUCAAUGUCCGAGAAAGCCUGCACAUAGUGCCAUGGCAGCUUGGUAGGAAUGUCAUUAAGCUCCGCCUUGAAAAGACUAAAAAUUAACCCAUCGUUCUUCCGUUGUGGACACGCCCUGCUCCACGUCAUCUGCCAGUCACGGGGACCUGUAAUAGCGCUUUCAUGUUGCUAAAUUGCCGUACUUCGAUUUGUAUCGUUGGAGAUAGCGCAUGAUGAUCAUUGAUCUAUUAAAACGAAGACUUUUUUUUUUUUGUAUUAAAAAAAAAACAAAAAAAAACAGACAACACCCAAUUUUUCAUGUUUCUAAAUUGCCGUACUUCGAUUUGUAUCGUUGGAGAUAGCGCAUGAUGAUCAUUGAUCUAUUAAAACGAAGACUUUUUUUUUUUUGUAUUAAAAAAAAAACAAAAAAAAACAGACAACACCCAAUAGCUGGGUAAGAUUAAGAAAUGUUGAUUUUCUGAACAUCCCUGGCCCACUUCAGAGACUGUGUAUUGACGUGGUGGUGGGAAAAGUCAAUUUAUGGCUUUUUUUUUUCUUCUAGAUUUAGUUGUUUUUAAUGGCGCAUUUGUUGGGCUGCGCUCUUCUUUAAUUUUAAGAGGAAAAAUAUUGAAAUGGGGAGGAAAUCACGCGUCGUCAUGAAUAGACUGCUGGAGAUAUAUUCCAUAAGAUCGUACCACAGUAACUUAGACUUCGGUGCGACUCAAGCCAGUGUUGUCAUCGCGUCUCAGGGGUUAGACUAUCAUACAGCUCUAAUGACCCGUCCAUGAGUCGUGAUCCUUAAGGCUUUAAAGAAUUCAGAUUUAAUUAAUUUUGAGUAAUACUAAUUUAUCUACAAAUAACUGAACCCCGACAAUGAAGAUUUGUUUCAUCGUUGAUAUUUAAUAAGCUCUUGAAAACCGAACCAAGUUUGGGACUCCCCCUCAUUCGACUUGGAAGACUGGAGCCGUACAGUCAACAAUCACAAUUCAGUUGUCAGGGCCAACAUUGGUCAUUGAAUUGGUAGCAGAUAUGCACACUUGAUUAUAUUAAAGAGUUGUUCUCUGUCUCAUCGGCCUUAACUUGAAAAAGAGUCUCUGGAAGUCCAUGGGACAAGUUAAUUGACAGACAUCGAGCGUGUGUAUGUGUGGACCAUGCUGGUGCAAGCAGACAGUGGUGUGUGGGUGUGUGUGGGGGAGGCGUGUGUUUGUGAGUGGGGUGGGUGCGUGUGACUGUAGACCGUACUGGUGCAGACAGACAUCACCCUAGACAAGAUCGCACGACAAAGUUUCAUUUCAACCGAUGCAAAAGUGAAUCUUUCAUCUGUCAUAAAUGGAAACACAAAUAAUUCGUUGGGCCAACUGUCAAAACUGACAACACUAUGGUAUAUCUCCAGAAAACAUUUCUUAAAUGUACAAAACAAAGACAACCACCCCCCCCCCCACCCCGUACUCACACACAUUCAAUCACAGUCACUGACACAGACGCACGCCUUCCAUCUUGUUCCUGGUUGGCUUUAUGUACCCAAGCAUUAGAGACUAUUAGCGAGGCGCCUUUCAUGAUGGCAUCGUCGGUGGUUGUUGGAAAUUUGCCGACGGUGGCUUCCUUGCGAUCAACUAGAUCUAAGGGUCAUCGAUCCAGUAUGGACAAAGACCUACCAGAUAAAAGUGAUGUGCGGUGUUUGAUCGCCGCUACAGGUUCAAGAAUAUACCGUCUAUCAAUUCCCCGUACACCCCCCCCCCCCCCCCCCCCCCCCCCCCUUUCCACGCUUCCUUUCCCGGGUCUUAAGUGUCGUCGUCGGAUCUGACAUUUUUAGGCUGAACUUAAUGAGAGACCAAUUUUGAUUAGGGCGGUGGCAGAGAGCGGAGUGUGGUGUGUAAUUAUCGCCAAUCGAUAGUUGUGCCGGCGAUUAGUCAUUGGGUGCACCGGGGAGAAGGUGGGACUGACGGGAAACUGGAUAAAUAUUACACCAGACAUGCGCUGUUCAUAUUCCGGCAUUUGCAUUGGGUGGAACCCAAGACAGGGAUUCCCAGACUUUGGUGUUUGGGUGAUUAGGAUUUGGGUUUUGCUUUAAAUUAAAGAGAGGGAAUGUUUAACACACACAAAUUGUUUCUUCUGAACCACAGGUUCCCAACCUUUUUUUUUUUUUUUUUUUUUUUUUAAGUCUUGACCCGCGACUCAAUUUUAUGUUAGCGAAAUGACUCGCGACCCAAUAUAUUUGGUUUUUUCAAAGUUAAUAGGGCAAAAGAAAACACGUUAAAAUAGAUUUAUUGGUAUAAAAUAAUUCAUUAGUAAUACAUUAAAUUUUAAUCAUGCACAAGCUUUAAAAUUAGAGGUUGAAGUUUUGUUACCGCCAACCUCAUCUCACUCUAAAAAUUGUAUCUACUUCUCCCUCUGUGUUUAAAAAAAAAAGCGUUGAAAAUCCACACUCACAGGGAUGAAUAGAAGCAAAUGGCAGUUUUCUGUUAUUUUACUGAACUUUGCGACACCGAUUAAAAAUAAAAAAUUGUUUUAAAAUCAUUCUUUCUUUUAAGUUUUCUAUUUCGGCCGGUGACACCACAAAACUUUGAGUUGGGAACCAGGGUUUGUAUUUAAGGGUCAUUUCUUUUUUUGUUUAUAAUGGCACAAACAUCUGAGCUGUCCAACAGAGAUUUCAUUAUGAAUUAUAAAUCAAUUGUUUUAGCGGAGGAUUAUUUCAGUCAGUGGUUUCCCUUGCUUUAGACUCCAACAGACUACCAGAAGUGUACAUAGCAUAUUGAUAUAAUGACACCUGCACCAGCCCACCUAGCCGCGGUAUAAAACCACUUAAAGAUUACAUUAACUCAACCAAUACCCAAAUCAACCUACCUAACGAACGAAAACAAAACCCCACCUGCGCCCCACACCGUGCCGUAGUCUGAGAACCUGUGACCCGUGGUGCCACGCCCAAUCCCAUAGGAACAAAAAUCAAUGCUAGGGGUAGCUGCAGUAAGUGCUGGUAUUUCUGCCUUCCUUUUGUGGUUCAGUCCUUGUGACUGGUUGGUAUUAAAACCUAGUCCUUACUAACUUCGCGAGUUCAUUUCAAAAGCGUGUUGAAUUAUUCAGAGAUUCUCAAGCAAACGUUCAAAUAAAGUAUUAAGCCAUGACAAAUAAAGAAGAAAAACUACAAAUAAAGAAGAAAAACUAUGUGUUCAAGCAACAGCUCUUAUGAUUACAUUAGUAAUAACCCAACAAACAAAGGCGGAAGCUGUGCCUGAGCUUUCCAUCUAAUAAAGUUGCUUUACCACAAACAUGCAUUCAAGUAACUCAUUUCAUACGAAAAUCCACGUAAUGCUAACUUCUGAGAAUCUUAUUUUGCGCGCCUAUUGAAUGCAUUUUUACAGCAAAACAUACAUACUUAUAGAUAAUUAUGAUUUGUGACUAUUUAUUGUGAAACUUUGACAGUAAGGCAAUGUCGCAAAACAUGAGUAACUUGUAAAUGAAGUCCCUGCCUUCCCUCGCACCAAGAGUUUUGGUUAUAUGUUGAUUAAAGAUCUCAUUAGAUUGCUUCGUUAUACAUUGUUAUAAGCUAAAAAGUCCUUAAGUUUAUGACCAGGACUGGCUCACGUCCAGUUACCGGUAUAGAUGACAGAGGACAGAUGAUGUCAUAUGACAUGUGAUAAUGACAUAAGAUGACUUAUGUCAUAGGAAAGAGUCAACAUAAAUUUCCCCUCACACACCACCCCCACAAAACAUUUCAGCAACCACUCUGAAAACAUAAAAAAUGCAAGAAGAGAACAUUUCCAACAACCAUUUUCAUAGUCUAAAUAUAUCCUUGCUGUCUGAUUAUGAUUAAAGAUUUACUAAUAUGCCCUCUAAUUGAGUUCUCAAUUAUCUUGCAGGCGCAUGAAGGUGACCAUUCACAAUGUAUCAUCUGAUGAGACUUGUACAGUUCACCAAACGCUGUUGGGCAUCAGAGAGGGCAAGGAAGGAUGGUUCCAUCUCUACUGCCCUGGGGGCAUUGCUUGUGAUGAUGAGGGGCAGCUAUGGGGCGUAAUGGUACAAAAAAUAGAAAUUAAAAUUACAUUUCUUGUUGUGUGUGUUUAUUUGGUACAUAAAUGUUGAAAGAAUUCGUAAAUUCAUAUCAAACUUGAAAAAAGGAAAAAACAAUAUUUUUAGUACAAUACUCCCAGAAGGUAAAAACAAUAUUUUUAGUACAAUACUCCGAGAAGGUAAAAACAUUUUUUUUAGUACAGUACUGAGAUCACAGUACUAGCUCUAGUGGCUGUGGAAGAAAGUUCUGAAAGUUUUUUUUCUGACCUGUGGCCGCCAUUUCAUCCCCAGCUCAACACCCUGAUGAAGUGCUGCUGCAAGAGGAAAAAGUUCCUGAUGAGCAUCUCCAAGAUGAUUGGUCCCAUCAUGCUCCUUGCACUCCGAGAUAACUUUGCUGCCAUUGAGGUGAGCUCAUCCACUACUAUGCCUACGGAAAAAAAAAAAUUUGUCUUUCAUUACAUCAGAGAAUUAAAUAAAUAAGCACAUUAUUUAUUGAUUUGUCAUAAAUGAAUUUUUGAAUGAAUUGUUAUGUGCAUUGCCAAAGAAAUAUUAUAUAAUUCUAAAAGAUAAUAGUUCAAAACCAUAUUGUUUAAGGAUUACAGAUUUAACAAAUUUAACAGCCACUACAAGUUGUACUGGUAUAAGCAAUCCUGGGUAUGUUCCAGGUGUGUUGUACCCCACUCUUACUCUCAACAUGUUUGUCAAUGUCCAGUACAAGCAAUCCUGUGUAUGUUUCCAGGUACUGUGUGCCAUGCUAGAGCUGGAAGUAGUGGAGGGCCAUGAUAUGAAGAUGCAGAUGAUCACCACACUGCAGUCCACCUGUGAAGGCAAACGCAUGUAUGCCCAGCUGUGUGAGAGACAGAUUGCCAUCAAAGAAAUGGUGGGUUGAUUCAUGGGAUAUUAUAGAGUCAUAACCAGGGUUGCACCGGAUUUCAAAAAGGAAGAUUAUCAAUGAAUCGGCCAGAGAUAAUCAGACACUACCAAUUAACUAUUGCUUAUUUAUCUUUUUAAUUAAAAUUAUUACUGUAACUAUACAUUUUAGUUAAUUAAUAAAUGGUGCCUUGCCUCCCCCCUCCCCUCAAUCCCAGAAUAAAUCAUCUUCAAAUAGUCCCCAUGUGCAGCGAACGCAAUCUUUAGUAAAAUUGGUAAUACAGUAAUACCUUGUUUAUCGCAGGCUCACUUUUUGCUGUUUUGCUGUCUCACUAUAUCGCAGAUUUUUUACUUGUAAAUAUAUCUAAUAUUUUAUCGUGUUUUCUUUGCUAAAUAGCGAGAUUUUUUGGUAUGUAGGGUUAAUUAUUUUUGCGGUAAAAUAGGCAUUUAUAAAAGUGUUGGAAAGGUUAUAACAGUAUGGGAAGGUUUAUAAGAGAGUGUGGAGGGCUUAUAAGUGUGGGGAGGGUUUAUAAGUGUGGGGAAGGUGACUGUUUGACUUGUACUAUUCUUCGUUGCAGCAACAGAAAGGUGGUCCCAAGAAACUCACUCUACCCAGCAAAUCCACGGAUUAUGACCUCACGCGGAUGUUAAGUUCUGGAUCAUUUGGUAACCUUGAGUGCCUGAGCCUCGCUUUCACCCAGGUGACCAGUGCCUGCGCCAACGACCUGAUCAAACUGCCAUCACUUCGCUAUCUCAAUCUGUGGUCAACUCAGGCAAGUUUGGCUCAUUUUGUUCCAUGACUUUUAGCAGACCCCGCCUAACAAACAUAAGAGCCACAUCACAGAAAUAAUCACAUUGUAUAUCUGUUUCUGAGAUUAGGAUUAGUGUUUUUCCCCCCUUAGAUCACACUUACCUUUGUCUGAUAUUUCCUGGAAUAAUACUGUUAAAUAGUGUUAACUGCAAAUGUAAUUUAUUUUCCUGACUUAUAGUACAACACAAUUUAAAUUAUCUCAGAUAUUUAAAUUUCAACAAGAAAUACCACCUCUUCUGAAGAGUCAACUUUGUUCCUAGUUUCAUAUUUUAAUAAUUUAUGCUGAGGUUGGAGAAUGAAAUGGAAAGCUACACUGGCUUACAUUAAUGGAUCAAUUUAACAGCAUGUAAAUUAGACAAAAAUUGAUCUUUCCAGUAGCUGCCCACUGAAGAAUAUUUUCUGUGGAAUCCAGUAGAAGUGCAAUUUGACUAGAACUGAAGAUAGGGCUAAUAAAAACUAAAGAUUAAAACCAAGCAACUUUACCUUCUCAAGGAAAACCACUCAGAAGACAAUGAUCUUUUGGUCUGACCCCAAAAUAAAAAUUGUGCUCUUUUAAGGAGAUAAGUUCAUCAUGAAAAAAGAAAGAAAAUGAAUGUUUUAUCAUCUUAUUUGUUCCAGUUUGGUGACCAAGGUCUACAGAUCAUAUCUGAACAUCUUCACAAGUUACAAGUACUUAACUUGUGUGAGACACCAGUCACUGAUAAGGGACUCACCUGCCUUGCUUGUAUGUUGUUAUUGUAUAUAUAGAUAUAUUAUGUUACUAUAUAUAUUAUGUUUAUAUAGAUAUAGAUGUAUAUCUAUCUACUGGGAGCACAGUUGAUUUGAUGUUCUUGGGCCACUGUUGGGUUGCCUUAUAAGAUCAUAGUAGGUUUUCUCUGAUACAGUUUUCCCCAACAUGGGCCCCCCCCCCCCAUGUAGAGCAUUAAAAAGAGUAUGUGGGUUAUGAUAUGUGGGGUCAUUUAUAUAUUAUGUUUAUAUAGAUAUAGAUGUAUAUCUAUCUACUGGGCGCACAGUUGAUUUGAUGUUCUUGGGCCCCUGUUGGGUUGCCUUAUAAGAUCAUAGUAGGUUUUCUCUGAUACAGUUUUCCCCAACAUGGGCCCCCCCCCCCCAUGUAGAGCAUUAAAAAGAGUAUGUGGGUUAUGAUAUGUGGGGUCAUAUUGUCUCUGAGGUGUACACUUGUGUUAAUCUUUCAUGGGCCCACAUAGAUUGACUGGUCAACUUCCAGUGUUUCCCAAUUGCUCCAUAAGUGCAUUUGGUCCCAUAUACUGUAGUUGAUAUAUCAAAUCACCUGAGCAAAAUGGUCUGUCAUUUGAGUGACAGACUUUCUGAUUUAAAAGAUAUGUGUUUUGCUCCUUGCCUUACACAACAAUGCUGGUGACUCUAAGUGUGGUGAAGUUAGUGAAUCUAAAUAGAAUAACUGUGGUGAUGCUAGUGAAUCUAAGUGUGGUGGUGCUAGUGAAUCUAAGUGUGGUGUGUUGGGAACUAAUUGGGUUGAGGAACACUGUUCUAACAGAACCACAAUUUGUCUCUGGACCUGUCCUCUAUCCUAACCUUACAUCAAUUUUUCCCCAGCAAUGAAAAGCCUACGUAAACUGAACCUCAACAGCACCAACUUGUCUGCCCUUACAUUUGAAGGCUUGAAGGUGAGCUUGACACUGGUAUCACUGUUAAAAACUUGGGCACACAAUAACAAUAACUCUUUUAUUAAGUUGUUGCAAUUAUCUGCCCCUUGUUCAUCCUAUUGAUUCACCAGCUCUGCUGAACAAAAACUGGAUUGGAUUCCAUUUUGAGGCAUAGAUGACUGCCAUGAAUGCUUUUAUUUCUUGGAGCAUGGGGGAUAUAUUGCUGCUCCGAAACAUGAGAAAUAUGAGAAGCGCUGAUCUGACCGCUGAGGUUUUCAAAUUAUUGAAUGUCAUGGCUACCGUGGUGUCCUUUCCUGGAAUGGGAAGGAAAUAUCUCUAAGAUACAUUUCAGAAGCAUUGAUGUUACAUUAGAGAUUUUGAAUGAAUGUCUGAUAUCGAUGUGGCUCAGUCUCAACAAAUUAUUGCUCUGACUCUUGUCAGAUUGGUUUAUCUUGCCGUUCCCCCAUACAGUUUCUACUCAGGGGUGUCAUUUCGGGGGGGAGGGGGGGGGGGCUAAAACCAAAACUUGGUCUCGGCUUGCUAAGUUGUUUAUUACUGGAGGCGCCAGAGUACUUAGCAAUUUAAAUAAAACCUGCAGGGAGGAGGGGGGGGGAAUAUGUCCCACCCAAAUGACGUCCCCUUUUCUGUUCCUCUGAAAUAUUUCUUUUACUGAGAUAUUUCAAUGCUCCAUUGCUGUAAAUUCCAUUAGCUUAUAAAUGACAAUUCAAAUUUAGUUUAGCUCUUAGUACUUUUAAUCACCCUUUCAAUUAUCAAAAAAAGAACCAUCAAUUUUUAUAUAUUUUUGAUUAAGUUAAUGAUUCUAAUACAUUAUUGCAUGCAGACAAAAUAUUGUGCAUCUCAAAUUCUUACCAUUAUAACUAUUAUUAAUCUUUAAGCAUUCACAUACAAAAUUUAGUUACCUAGAGAUAGGCAGCAACAUACAAUUAUGAGUUCUUGUAACAUUGCAUUAACAUACAUUUUGAUUUACUUGGAGAAAAGCUAUUUCAUAAAAUAUUUACUUACUUAAAAUGAAAUGGUAUUAGCAUAAAUUAUUCAUUUACUUAAGAAUUCACUUUCAUAAAAAUCAUUCUGUUUUUGUAAGAAAUAAUGAAUAAAAAAAUGAAUCACCUUAAGAAAUACGUUUGAACUUGAUAGGGAAUUUGCGAAUGUUUAAAUUACUGCUUUUCAGACUCAAACAAAUUUGAAAAAAUCUUUUCCAGGAGAAGUUGCCAGCCCUACAAGAGUGCGAUGUUCGCUACACUGACGCCUGGUGACUGUAAGCGCGAGGAGUGGGUCCCAAGUUCCAACUAGAUUUGUCUAAGCCACAAAUCUGGGAGAGUUGUCAAUGACUCUGUCUCACUGCCUUAACGCGCACCCCCAAAAUUAAUACAAACUGUAUGUGGAUAAGUAGCUACACUUUGUGGAUAUAUAUAUAUAUAGCUACACUCUGUGGAUUAUAUAGCUACACUAUUUGGAUAUACUACAAGAGGAGUUUUCUUACUUUCUUACAUCCAAAUAUGGCGCAC